AGUGGGUGCCGUGCAGGGCUUGGCUACAGACGCACUCCGUAUUGGGUGUCUACUCUUACACCCACCAGCAGAGCUUUUACACAGUCGACCGGCAUGAUCACAUGCUGGUUGGGUCUGUGGCGGUGCACCGGUGGGUGCCCGGGUCAUUAGGGUGUUUGCGCAGGACGUGGCGAGUCGACGCCAGUGACCGGGCAGGUGAUGUUUGCUCACGUAAGCCGCUCGCGUUUGAUGAGGGGCGCAGGGGACGCGGCUGGAGGGUGCGCGCUACUGUUGCAUCGCCUCACCGGAUAACCGCUGCUAUCUCAUCCUGUCCGUCUGUUUCUCCCCGAUUUUUCUGUUCUCUUUUUUUAUGUCGCUUCCUCACCAACGGAUUCUCGGUGAUGGGACUCUUACGACGAUUGGGAUAAGUAGAUAAAAGACCCGACCUUGCGUGUGCGUGUGCGUCGAGUGCGUAUCGUUUCUUGUGAUUCCCCUGUACGCGCAAACUGCUUUUUUCCCUUCCACAGAGGCAAUGCGCCCACCCAUGCGAUGCUAGCCUAUUAGCUGAAGAGAGAGGGGGGAAGCAGUGAAAGAGAGGGAGAGAGAGAGAUAGGUUUUAGAGCUGGAUUCGAGGGGAGGCUAAUUUACGACUCUUGUUUUGUCUUUCAGGAAAAGAGGAGAUAAGAGGGGGAGGGUGGUUGGUGAAGGAGAAUGCAGCAAUCACAUUUUUAAGCAUGCAGACGCGGGCCGUUUCCGGUUCUUAGGCUGGUGUGUCUCCCCAUCCGAGGCCAGCAGCCGUAUGGGGAAAGAAGCGGCAGACACAGAUGGCAUGGACACUUCUACAAGGUCUGCCGCUCUGCCCUGCCUGCUUUGCCGGAGCCCGUUCGCCGCCGUCUCUCUCUUCCAGCCCGCUCCGCCACUCAGCAGCACUGCAGCACAGCACAGGCUGACGGCAUGAGGCUUGAUCCAGUGCAUUUCUCCAUGCUGGUCAUCGGGGUCUCCUUUGCCUGUUACGCCCCGAGUCUCAACUCCCUCCAGGACCAGGCGUACCGAUCCGCCGUGGUCAUUGAGGGCGAGGUGCGCUCCUCCCCGGAGAACGUCUCCUCCCGGGAGCCCUACAGUGUGAAUGUCAAAGUGCUGGACGUGUGGCCCGUCAACAGUGGCGGCCUCGAGAGGGAGCAGCUCGUGACCGUCGGGGACUUCGGUUCCGAGGCCCCGUGCACCACAGUGGAGAAGGACCAUAGAUAUAUCUUUUUCAUGGACCCGACCGCCGAGCCCCUGGUAUUCAAGGCAUCUUACGCCCCUGUUGACACCAGCGAGCCGGAGCUGAAGAAGGAUGUAGAAAGAGUGUUGUGCGAGGACUGCGGUAAGUUUAAGGCUUUUUCGUUAUACCUGCUAUACACUCACACUGCUCUCUAAGGGCCACUGAAGCUGCCAUGGUGAUGUAAGGAGACUGUCACCGCUCUGAGUGCGCGUGCGCGUGUGUAGUCCAUCAAAUGUUUUAGCGUACGUAAACACAUGCAUGCGCUCCAGCCGAUUGACACUUCUUCCUCCAUAACCCGGUCACCCAUAAUGCAUUAAGAAGCCUUGCAGAGAAGGAGUGAGUGAUGGUGUGUGUGUGUGUGUGUGUGUGUGUGUGUGUGUGUGUGUGUGUGUGUGUGUGUGUGUGUGUGUGUGUGGUACUGAUAACGAGAUAAACAGUGUUCAUGUUUGAGACAUCUCUGAGGUUUAGCCCCAAACAGCAGGUCCCUCGUGAUGAUUAGAAAAGUGCUGAUCAGGAGAGGUAAUGAAAAACCAAAGAAGAUCUGCAUCACCACAUCCUUACAGUGAAGUAGCCUGCAAAGCCAGUGGCAGCAGUGCCUGUGUAUGUGUGUGUGUGUGUGUGUGUGUGUGUGUGUGUGUGUGUGUGUGUGUGUGUGUGUGUGUCAGAGAGAGAAAGAGAGAGAGAGAAUCAGGGACAGCAACCUUUUCUUAAGGUAACCAGGUAACCGUCUUUCUUAACUUUCUGUCUCCAUCCACCAGUGUAAAAUGUCAAACCAGCUUUUAUUCUAUAUCAAAUAUGAUAAACAACCCUGACAGUGCCAGUGUCCACUGCAGUGACAGACUGAUGGUAGCUGUUACAAUCACUGUCCCUGAACCUGUUGCAAGUUUUUAACCGUGGAGAUCUUACAGUGCACCUAAAAACUGAACAGAAAUUACUGAAGCACUUGUGCUUUUAUACUAACUUUGAUUUAUGAGAGCUGGAGCUGGGUGCAGUAAUAUCAACUAGGAUUGUAGUUGAAAGGUUGGAGUUGUGCCCUACUCUCUCUCUCUCUCUCUCUCUCUCUCUCUCUCUCUCUCUUUUAGUUUAUUUUAAUUGUUUAUUUUUUUAAGCCGUGGUGGGGCUCAACACUGGAAGUUAACCCCGCUUUUCUUACCACAUGUACAGGGAAUGUCAGAGUCAGGUCAAGUUGCUGACCUGAAGCAAAGCUUAAGAUAGUUUGGUUCAUGUGUAUAGUUAUUGCUUUGCCACUUUAAGGGCUCUGAGGUAUCUUACUUUUCGCAACAUUUUCUCAGAGAUGACCCCAAAUGUUUAGGAAACGUCUUCAUGAUGGUCUGCAUUCAGCUUAAUUCAUCUCUGCUUUUCACUCGAUGACACUCCAGAUGGUAACUCUAACCAAUCAGCGGCUGGAUAAGCUUCUGUGGUUAACAUUAACAGGGAAGUAGACAGUAAACAUUCAACUAAAUGUGCGGAAAAAUUCAGGGAUUUAGAAUGGUAUUUAUAUUUUUAGAGAUUUCAAGGUUUUCUUCAUUUUCUCACCAGACUAAAGUUGUAAUAAAAUCACAUUUAGAAUCAUUAAUUAAGUCAACAGUAGCAAUAUACUGCUGUUUUAAAGCAGGAUAAAAAAAUCUCAGCUUUUGAUUCAGUCCUGUUAGAGUCCUCAUACUUGUAACAGCACGGAGCUAAGGUGCCAAACACUGAGGACAAUAUACAUGGGAACUUUGGUAUUUUUCAUCCUGGGCCCUAUUUUCCUAUGUGUUUGUGAGUUUAAAUGAUGGGGGGAACAGUUUCUUGGCAGCCAAGAAACGAGCUAAAACGUAGUUUGACAGAGGAAUUGUGCAUCAUCAAACUGCGUCCACUACAGGUGCUUUAUUUCACCUCUAACAGGUUCAGAUCCUUACCUUACCUGACCAUUACUGCUCUCAGACAAGCUCUGCUCUGGUCCUUGAGCUCUCUGACUGUCCUGGUGUCACUCACUUACAUGUCCUAUGUUGUCUUCAAGUGAGAUCUCAUGAGACUUUAGAACCACACAUCUCCACCAAUGAGAUUUAGUUGUACACAAACCGGCACAAGUGAAAGGUCAGAGAAAUCCUUGCAAGUCCAUUCUUGAGAUUUAUAAUAAGAAUCUGAGCCUGUCAGAGGUGAAAUAAAGCAUCUAUAGUGGACAAAGUUUGACGAUGUUGCAAUUCCUCGGUCAAAGUACAUUUUAGCUUGUUUCUCAGCGGCUGGUUGCUUGUCUCUCCCUCAACACUGGACCAGUUUUAGAAACUGUUGCCCCCAUCAGUCAAGCACACAAACAUAUGGGAAAAGAGGGCCCAGAUUAAGAAAUACCAAAGUUCCUAUGUACAUUGUCUUCAAUGUUUUGACACCAAAAUUAACCCUAAAAGAGAUGCUGCACAUUCUUCAUUUUGGUACAGACAGCUGGCUGCUCACCAUAAAAUAACACUCCGACUUUAUCUUGAAAUAGUUUCUGCCUUAUUUUUGAAAUAGUAUGACUCUACUAUGAGUUUAUUCUUGUUGUAACAUGACUUCAAAAAGUGACAUUAUGGUUUUAAUUUCAUCACAACUUUAUUCUUGUGCAUAAAUGGAGAAUUUUUUUUUGUAAAUCUUGAAAAUCAAAUUUCUAAAUCAUAAAAGCAUCCUUUGUACUCCUACGUUAAAAAAGAGCGGGAAACAGAGAGGGGAAUGUUGUCGUAUUGACUGAAGCAUAAUAUGAUCCUUCCAAACAAAAGCUCAGUGUGAUCAUAAUCUUUGUUAGAUGAUUUAAAGGGUAAAACAUUGUACAGACACAGUUUUCAUCUUAAUGUUUUCAAAUCCAGAGUCAACAUCACUUCAGUGCAGCCUACUUCUGUCUGUUUGGUGAAGCAAGUCACACAAAUGUCUCAGCAAAGGGUUCAUUCUGCAUUUCAUCCACACUGCUUUCUAUUUUUACCUCUGUGACAUGCUAAAAUUACCAAGUCAUUUAUUUAUGACAGUGCUGUUGCAUUAUGGCUUCUGUCUGAAUCACAUUUUCCAGGCGGGGGUAAGCUCAGGAAAGGAGAUACCCUCUUCUGAGCUGAUUCACCCGUUGCUGGGACACACACACACACAUAAAUGUGCACAUAAACACACUAAAUGCCAGAUUUACAGGGAGAAACUCAAUAAAAUUAGACACUGCAGAGAGUGCGAUGCAUCCAUUUCCUCCAUGACUUCAUAAGAACACUGAUGUUUACUGUUGCUUUGACACCUGUGUCUUUUUAUAGUUUGUUAGAUUCACAUAAUGUAGAUCUGCAGUCAGGGUGGGGGGAUGUAUGGGGUGGACAUUAAGGGGGAAAGUGAAAGUAGUAAAUCCGCACCGAUUAAAGGAGCCUGGUUCUGUUUAGGGUGGUAAUGCUGUUUGGGUGUAGCGUUGGCUAUGUAAGUUAUCAGUAAAGUAGAAGUCAUGGGGUGAGGGUGGUGGAGGGAUUCCUCACUGAGUAUUUGUAUUUACCUAAACCAUCAAAAAUUUAAAGUAGCCGUGAAGCUAAGGGAACACUUUGGUCACAAAUGUAAAGCUGUCAAACAUCAGAUGAUCCUGGUAUCACUGGAUGCUUUGUAGAAAAUAUCUCGGCUCAAUCUCUUCGAUUCAGUCUGCUGCAGUUCAGUGGGGAUGAUGUUUUGAAGAACUCACGCAGCACAAAUUCGACUUAGUGUGCUCACUUUUUCAUUUACAGUUUUGCCCAGAACUGUCAGUCAUUGCAGUAAACUGACUCAACCGGAUGUAAGCAAAUGAGCUCCAGCUGAGAAAGACUCCUGGCCGAUAAGUUAGAGGAGGCAAAUUUAAGACAGUGUUAACUCCAGCUAACAGAAUAGAUGUGUUCAUGGCACAGCACUCCACAUAGCCAAUCACAGUCAGGCUCUGAAGGCACUCACUUCUGUACUGGUCUUAUUAUUUUAGUUCAGACAUAUCAAAUGCUGCUUAAGCUAAGGAUGCAGCUGAGACCAUUUCCCCGUUGUCUAAAACUUUUGUCCAAAAGCUGAGCAGAAAGCAAGAUAAGGACAACCCAAUCACUCAUGUCAGAUGUCAAUCAAAGUCCGUGUUGCUUUUGUAGCACCCAAGCAGCAAACUCCAGGCUUUAAAAGUUACGCCAAUGAGGAAGAGCUCGAGAUUGCAGUUCCUUGAGUGUCCACUUGAGCCUGACUGAAGAGGCACACACGCCUAUAAAAAAACAGCCCAUCUGUACAGUAAGAAUAAACACAUUUACAGCCUGUUCUUGUCUGUUCGCCUCUUUCUAGGUCAACCAAAAGAAAGGUUGAGUCAGCAUUUCUGUCAAUAGGCUUCAAAAUCUGCAUUAGAAAGCAAUGGGGGAUAUCACUGAGGGUGUCCAUAAUUUAUAGUCUGUUGCUUAACAAGAGCACAAGCUACAGAGAUGCACCUUUUAGCAGAAUAAUAAGGAACCCACAGCAAAGUACAGGAGAUGCAGCUACAGUAAAGUUUGGGGAAAGAAUUCGCUCUUGGGUGAAGGUGGUGGAGGGCGAUUCCCUGAUAGUUUUUUUAUUAUUAUUGAAGCAAAAGCACACUAUAAGCAAGUCAAAUAAACAGCAGCUGGAACAGCAAGCAAUAGAUAAACAUACUACUCUGUGCAGCAGCCAUACAGGUCAGCAUGUUGUGGUGAGUUAACUUUAAUCAUUUUUCUAGAUUAAGAGACUGAAUAAAAGAGUCUCAUGUAGAACACAAAAACAGGGACCAUAGAUACAGACGUGCCUGCACUUAAAACUUCAACUUCCUUUUGAUAACUGCAUUUAUUUAGUUAUUUAUUUUUGCUAGGGACUUUUUGCAAAAUACAGAGUAGUCAUUAAAGAUACAUGGUUUAUCUUGCAUGCUCUGUUUUUUGACUAGCACAAGCUUUAUGAAUGUAGACAUCACAUGAUGUCGGCUUUUUAAAACUUUUAUACAGAGAAUAAUUCAUGUUUGUUGAGUUUUAUAGCAGCCUACAUUUGUGCAGAGUUUUAAGUUUAGCUCCUACGCAGCGUGAGUAGUUAUGAAGCCAUAAACUCUUUUGGCACGAUAAAAAAUAAAAGCCCAACCCUGAAAAAGCAACGCCAAUGUUGUUAAACUGCGUGAACAGUCAGGGAGAAGAAGAGGGAGCCAAACUACCAACCUCAACACAGAAUCCAGCUUGAUGAAGCAAACUGCAGAUCUGAUUAAUUCUGUGUCACCGUGCGGACCACAAAAAAGUGUACAAACUUUAUUUAUACACAUUCAGGAAUACAGUGGUAAAGUCACUGCAGGAACCACAUAUGUGUCCACUGAGCCCAACAGGCCUUUCUGCCUCUCCCUCACUACUUAAACUGCUAUCAUUAGUAAAAAUAGUAAAUGUGUUUGAACAGCUCAUACCUCCCUGUAAAAGUACAAAACAAAUCCUAUCUCACAUCCUGUGCUAAAUCAUGAUGUAGGUCCUCUCUGAUCAUUGCUGUUGGCAUUUCUUUUGAGGUACUUUGACAGUUUCUUCCUAAAAUAACUUUAUCUGAUGCCCAAACAUCCUCCUGUCACUGAUGCUGUAUCUAGUGCUGCAUAACUCAGAUCUCUCAUUCUAACUCUCUCGCCUCUUUUUCCGUCUCUCUCCUCAUGCUGUAGCUGACUCCAGCUAGAGUGUGAGGUUCAGCUCUUCUGUCAGUCUGAGGAGCAGAGGUAGAGAGGGAGAGGAGGGAAGGUACGGAGAGGGAGGAGGGAUCUGAUGCUUUGAGUUUCCAAAUAGAUACCACAUUCACGCAUACUGUAAAACCGCUAAUAAUAGCCAGAGCCGUUGAGACAUUCACUCCAGAGCAAAAUUUAUGUCUUAAAACUGGUUCAAUACUGUUCUAUAAAUCUCUCUAUAGUUAUCUUCUUCUAACCCAGAGUCAUCACAGGUGUAAUCAGGGUUUAUGUAAAUAUUAAUAUAAACAAAAGUGAGAAAAUUUACAUCAAUAGUUUGUCCAAGUAGAUUUCUGAUUGAGCCCCAUCACUACAAGCUCAGCCAACCCCGUACAAUUAUUAAAACCACAUCACUGUUAUUCAAACAAUGCUAAAAUAACUAUAACUCUGCUUUACAUCCCCUGAAAUCAGGAGGAAGCUAUCACAAGAGUUAAUGUCAAUGUCGUGGCAAUGAGUGGCUUGUGGCGUUCGCACGCUCUCCAAAAAACAGUCACAUAAAAUUUGAAAGAUUUAUUCCAAAAAAGAAACUUACAUGUCCACUAAAGCUUCUUGGGAUCAAAAUUAGAUUCAAAGAUAACGACAUUUCUGUUUUAACUUAAACAAAUCCAACAUGUACGGUCAAAAACUAUAUCAAACCACAGCCUUCACCUGCCCCACACUGGCAGACUGACACCACCUGCCGUGACGCGUGACCAUAAUCAUGUGACUAAAAUGGUGAUGUCAGAAAUACCAACCAAUAAUUAAAUCAGCUUAGAUCCAACUAAAAAAAGGAUGUAAAUCAUAAACAGUGUUUUUUAAAAAUGAAAUGGCUACAACAGUCAAUCAAUCAAUCAACCAAUCAAUCAAUCAAAUAUUAUUUAUGUGGCACCUAAUCACAACAGUCGUUAUCCCACAUCACUUUCCAAAAAAAGAGCAGGUCUAAACCACUCUCAUUAUGACAAAUUUCCUCUGUAAGGUCCGUGUAGCUGCAUGUCUAACUCCUUUAAUGUUUGUUUUUGAAAUCUUGAUUUGACUUCCUGUUGGGUUGAUGUAAAGUAGUCUAACUGAAACUGGACUUUAAAGAACCACGAAAAAAGUUUCCUAUCGUACAAACAUACAGUAAAACCCUGCUGAAGUGACAGUGUCUUCACUGUUUGACAUGUGUUAGCCUUUUGCUGACGGGUUUAAUCAAUCACUUAAUAAGUAAUAUGUCAACCAGGAGAUGACCUGAUAGUAACAAGCUGAAAGAGGGGCAUGUCACCUCUUACUGUAACAGAGGCAGACAUACUUCUGUCAGUAAUUCGACUCUACUACAGUGCUUGUAAACUGGGACUACAACAGUUGUCCAGUUAAAGUUUUUGUUGAACUACAACAGUAGCAUAUUAUAGAGACUAAAAAAAACAAAGAAAAAAAAAGGUAGGUUCAUCGAGGGCCCCUUCCAUGACACCCCUGCGAACCAUGUCAGGCAAGUAGUUAAAAAAUGUGACUACCAUCUAAAAAAAGCAGAGUGAGUGACAGCCUUUGUCUCCUGUCUGCCUACUUGCACACACUAACAUGUUUGAAAGAAAGGGAAAGACUCAGAGAAAGCACCGUAACCAGAUUUAUACGGACUGUGGAAAUGCACUACCAUGAUAGAGAGGAGGAGGAUGAAAGUGGACAGCCUUGUUGUCAGCAUGCCCUGUACGUGGAGGUCACGUCCUGGUUCGAUUCUGCUUCCUCCCCUUUUCCUGCUCUAGCCACUGCUGUCCUAUCCUCUGAAAUGAAACAGCAAAAUAAUUAAUGACUGAAUGCAGGUCUAUUUUAUAAAGUUUCAGUGAGUUAUCAUCUUGUAAUGAAGACACCCGAGACACGAAAAAUAUAAAAAGCACCGUACAAGUGUCCUCAUGCACAUGUUGGUCUCAUGACGCUCAUGUGUGCCUGAAAAGUUCAGCCAUUCUCUUAAGCAACACUCUCAUUUCAUGGAAGAUAAAAUGUGAAAGAAUAGAGGUAUUGUCUUAAAGUCAUACACCAUACCUGUAUGACUUCAAGACAGGUUUUAAAGUCUUGAAGUAAACAUAUGCUUUUUGUCAACACCACUGACAGGACUGGGAUGUAGUUAAUGUCAAGCAGGUUAUGGCAGGUUAAGCACAGAGGUGAAGCUCGGACAGGACAGGAGUCUGGUGUUAGUCUGAAUAACUAUGAGAUCUAUUGGUGAAUAAACUCAACUGCAGAAACUUUUUAUAUCCCUCCUCCUUUAGUAAUUAGAUACAGCACCAUCACUACUUUAGUGUAAUGCUAUCACCGUGAAAAAAAUGUGUAGAUGAUUAUGAGUUAAGUACGUAUUGUGUCUGUAUAUGUAUCAUGAUUCGAGUUAUCGACUGCUACUGUUGUGUGAUUGCAGGUUAUCCCAUAAGAGGGCUACAUAAGUGUAGUCCAUUUACAUUUUUACCCAUCAGCCCAGAGGCAUUACUCCACAUGAGCAAUACUCACUGCCUGACCUGUGCCGUGCUUGCAUGUCUAACUUCAAGACCUUAUCAGCAGUUCAUUUUAUUCCAGGCUAACCUGCGUUGCUGUCUCCCAGCUUACACUCCCAUCAGUGUGCUCAGCAGCUUGAGGGAAUUACCACUGUUGCAUUGAUCUCCAAAUCCCAGUAUUAGGGGAUUUUUGCUCUGGGGCAGCAUGUCAAAACAAUCCUUGCAACAGGAAACAUAUCCAAGGCUGCAACCCUGAACAAGCUGUGAAACCUGUCUUAGCAAAUUCUAACAUUUUGUCGCGGCUUUGGUGCAAACACCUUUAGGUCCAGAGCAGAGUUGCACAUCAGCUCCUCAACGUGAGCUGAUCAUGCUGUUUGUGGUUGAGACAAUAUUUAUGAAUUAUCUUAAUCGGUCGGGCUGCUAAUGUAAAAUAGAGCGAAGGGGGGAUCAAACCCUACUGAUCCUAUGCUUUUUUUAAAGCACGUCCAAAAUGGCAUUAAAAAAAGCAUACAGUUGAGUGCUUCAGUACAUAGGAAUCAGCUGAAUCAGUACAUAGGAAUGUCUGUGUGUGUGUGUGUGUGUGUGUGUGUGUGUCAGUGUAGUGAGAAAUCUCACUACUCAAAGUUUUUCUCUUUGUUGCAUUUACUAUGUCUAUUUCAGACAUCCUCUGUGUGCCUCUUUGUCUUGUUUCACUGUUCCUGUCUCAACAGAACAUUGUACUGGCAGAGACACACUCACAAACAAACACACACACACACACACACACACACACACACACACACACACACACACACACACAAGCAAUGCCAGUUUGCUCUGUUGCUCUUGCUGCUGUGCUGCAGAUGCCCCAGCGUGCUGUCAUUAGCAGGGAGAUCUGGGGCUGCUAUAAAUUAUGCACACCAAAUAACAGGAAGAUGAGGAUUUCUCCUCUGCUGCCUGCCUACUGUGUUAUAUGUGUGUGUGUGUGUGUGUUUACUACCAUCAGAACACACCUAAAGUUAGCAUUUAGCCACUUUUUAGUUAACAAUUACUUUCAAAAACACAGAUAUGGUUGGAAAACAAAAGUGUUUGCACAGUAACAGUUUGGUUAUAAUGGAUGACAUCUUUGAAAGCACCAAAGUUAAUCUUUGUAUCUUUGCUAUGCAGCAACAAUACAGUGUUUUAGUCAUGUAUGGGUGGGUGCUGACGCUACAGUUUCUGGAGUGACCUUGUAAACUUGCGAUGUCUAGCUUAUUACUCCAACGAUCACUUAUGCAUUUGACUUGAUGUUGCCUGUUAGUGGGGUCACUCCAAAUGUAACACUUUGGCUCCUCCCUUCAUCAGUGUAGACCCAGAAGGAGGAGUUUUUACUUAUUUUACUUAGGAUAUGUGAAAUGCCCUACAAGGAAAGAAGGAUGAAAAAGAGCAUGUGGGGCCUCAUGUAUAAACGGUAUGUGUUAUAAAACGUGUGUCGUAUAAAGUCUGUGUGAUGUGCGAAUGUGCCAGAGUAGACCCCCAGUGGAAAUCUUUGUCAGUGCCAAACUACGAAAAACUGAAACUUGCCAGAUGUCCCCAAAAUAAGUUUCCUUUUCACUUACUGGAUUAUUUUUAGAUGCAGGAUAAAAAAGUAUUUCUUAACCAGUUCCAGAUUCAAUCUGAGGCCAAUAGCUAAAAUUGAAUUAUGUACAAAUAGUGUUUGUCACAUUGUUCUUGAAUACUUUUUUAAAGUGCUCUUUUGCUUUCAUUACCGGUAUAAAAAGAAAGAAAGAAUAAUUUCAUAUUUAAAUGAUCAUUUCAGAGCUGUGAGGGCAGGAGCGAUGAUGAUGUUCAUCAGGAAGGUCAGGAUGUAGAGGAGGCAAGUAAACAUAAAAAGUAUUUCAGUGACCAUGUCAAGAUAAUGAUUAGUGCUGCAAUGUAACAUAUCAGUGUUAGCUUUGAUGAUAUUUUGUCAGAGUACUAAGAAAAGUUUUAGCCAGUUGGCUUUGGUUCGAGUAUUGAAACAUGAUAAACUGAUGUGACACAGACAAGCAACAAUAAACAAAUUUAGCAACUACCUUAAGGGUGUCAAUAAAACUUUUGCUAGACAGGAAAAUGAUCAAUUUGCUUUGUAAUAUCUACACCCCCUCUUAAAAUUUUAAACUAAUAAGAAUAAGAAUAAUAAUAAUAAUUGGCUGGCACUUAGCCUAAGUGUAAUAUUUUGUUUUAAACAAGGAUCAAUGUGCGGCACACACAGUGUACAAAGACAGAAUAAUGGCUCCUUCACGCAGUUAAGCCACAGGUGAUUCACACACAGUUAUUACAUACUCCUAUAAUUAGUCAAGAUGCAGAACAAGAUGACCAUAAAAAACUAAAACCAAUAGAAUUGAUAUUAACGGAUGAAACUUUUUUUACAGAAGAAAGAAGACUUCUAGUCAACAUGAUUUCUCUGUCCUAACAUGAAAAACCAGAAUGGAUCCUGUGAACACAAAAACACAACAGUGACAUUCAUACCAAGUGAUGAAUGAUGGAUGUUCUGGCACGGCUGAAGGAACUAUGUAAACAAUGCAGUAAUACACUGUCACUCCUUGGUGUUUAUUGUAUUUGUGACCUUCCUGUUGAAUAUAUUUCAUUCACGAGCGCCUCAGUUUUUUCCCUGCCUUCCUUUCUAGCGUUGCUGAGCUUCACUGUGAGAAUAUUUGACCUGCCUGUUCAAUUGUGAGCAUUUCAUUCAUGGGGUGCUUUGCAUUGACUAUCUUUGGAUGAAUGUUGGUGUAUAGAGGGCAGAAUACAAGACUGGUCCACGUGUGCAUAUUCCCGGAUGGAUUGUGAUUCAUAAAUGGAGCAAUAUGUAAAAGAAUGUGUUUCUGGGUUUUUGGCAGACAUAUACUUUUAGUAUUGAGUAUAGAGUCUACACACUGUUUUAUCUCUGAUACCUAAAGUAAGAGCCCUGUACAAUGCUAAAAAAAUUAUAAUGGUAAGGUAGCUGUAAUUAUAACAGCUACAAUGAUAAACAACAUAAAAGAAUAAAUGUGUACAAGGUAUGAGUAACCUGUUUUCAGGGCUGUCCAGACUCAAACCAAAGUCUGUCAUAGAGAAACAGGACUGCUUUACUCAUGACCAUGUCCUCUAAUUAUGUGUGACUGAUAAAUCAUUAGUGGUCAACUGAUUACAUUAUUUCAGUCACUGGUGCCGAUACCAAUAACCAUUAAGCAGGAUAUAGCAGGAUGCUAAUAUAAAAUGCAGAUAGCACAUUGUCGUUUUUUUCUGUCCUCUUUUUGCAUUUAACGUUUAAAUACAUCCAUUACUUUAUACUGACAAAUGAGAAACAAAGUUGCUGAAUGUUUUGAAUAAUUCAAGACAUUAAAAUGUUUCUUGAUUAAAUCAUCCACAAUGAAAUUUUGGCUGUUUGUCCACGUAUAUUAAAUUAUAAAAAGGAAAUAAAAAUCAAAGGAAACUGUUGCCAUAAAAUUUUUGAAAAGUCAUGCAUAAAUCUGAAAUUUUUAUGGUUACUGUGGCUUGUAAUAUGUUUUAAAUAGAUUUUUAAGGAAUGUAGAUAACAUAAUGUUAUACCUGCCUUGAGAGGGCCAAUGCCAGUAUGAUGGCAGUAACUAAAAAUUUAUCGACCUUUGAUAAAUCGAUCUAUCUCAUCAUAAUGGCUUUAGCCUUGGCUGAUAUUACUUUCAUCUUUCCAAAUGAAAAAUGCUUUUGACAUCCUUUCUGAUCUAUAACUGACUAGUGUUUAAUAUAUAUUCUAUUAUAAAUAAAGCAGUUUAGUAAUAUUUAUAUUAGCCUUGUCUAUUUGUUUUUUUUCCUAAUAAUUUAGAUAUCUGAGCAGAGAUCCAAAAGUCCUUUGUUGAAAUAUUUUGCUGAGCUCAAUAUUUUUCUGUCUGUAUUUAAUAAAACAUUCACAUAAGUGUACAUGAGUUGUUUGAUGGCAAUAUUUCAUUGAAAUAAAACUAUAAUGUGACAUCAGCCUUAUUAUAUCUAUCAGCCUUCAGUCAACCUGCUCUCUCAGUAUCGGCAUCAGGAAAACUAAUAUCGGUUGACCACUGAUCAAGUCUUCGUCAGUAUUGUAAAAAUGCUUUCUUAAGUGGCUGAGCAGCGCAUGGCUCAGUAUGAGAAAGAGGUGUUUGUGUGUCCCUUCAUACAUGAGCAUAUGUGUAGACCUUUAUACACACAUCACAAAAAAACACACGCAGAUGUACAGCACACACAUCCCCUCAUGUUCGCUGUUGCUGCAUAAACUUUUUUCUGUUUGUGUUUUUUUUCUUUUUUUUUUCUGUUUAGAGCAUAUUAAAUUGGAGAAGACAUCAAACUUAAAGUGGAAUAUUUAGAAGUAUUUAUGCCAAGAACAUGGUCAUUGGUUUUUUGUGAAAUAUGUUUUAAAUUUGCAAAUGUUUUGAUAAAUCUGGGAUGUCUUACUCUUCUUGAAAAGCUGUUUUAAUCACCCUUCUUACAGGCAUCGCUGCUGUGCAUGACUGGGGUCUGGUACGCAGUCGGUAAAUGCCUGAUAUUCAUGAAGUUACAAAAUGAUUUUUAGUUGUUGUCUUUGGUAGUGUUGUAUGAGCAAAAGCUGCUGUCUUUCAAAGCCUGUAGUGCAAGGGAAACAAUUAAUUUACUAGAGGUACAAUUUAGCUGCAUUUGUGUUGACUUUCAUGCUGAUGUGAGAAAGAGAAGAUAAGGGAGAGAGGGUUUCAUGUGGGUUAAACCUUUCCUGCCUUCUAUAUCGGGCUACCUUCAGCCCAGAGAGGUGGGCUAUCUUUAUCCCUCUUUGUUGUGGUGAUCUUUGAUGCUGACAGGUAGACUAUGUUCAUUUGUUUUAAGAUGUCCUCCUGCGCCUCCUCUUGAUGUUAUCUUUGAGCUAUAAUAGUUUAAUGGGAGAAAACGACCAUCGUUAUUAUGCUUGUUUUUGAAUCCUACAUCGUUUCCAUAAUUGAUUGUGCAGAAUCAGCACAUUUUUCUCACAGAAACAGAUGAGAUGCAGUUUUAAAGCUACUGUGAGGUGUUUUUGAUUUGAUACAAAACCGUCUGAAAUAAACAGUGAUGUAUCCUCAAUGAUGUACAGAGCAAAUAAGAAUAUGAACAACAAGAUGGAUAAUUUCAGGACAGUAAAUUUGAAAGCCUGUAACUGCUGUGAGGAGGUUGGUUUGCUAAAGGAAAACAGUCUUAUGUUUAUUUUAUUUAUAGUUUAUUUUUAGAUUAUUUUCACUGCAAAAAGACAACAGGAGGACAUUUUUGUCCAAUAACACUACUUUCAUAAGGACAAGACAUAAUCAGCAACAAUUGAGUUACAAAGGGUUACCAUUUUGUCUUCAGGGGGUGAAAAAUAUCACCUUACAGGAGCUUUAAAUAAGAUUCGUUGUAAUAUGUUGAGGUCAGGAUUCAGAGGAAAGUCUCUUCCUGUGGUUCAUGUCAAAAGAAGGCUAUUUCUAUUGAGAGGAAAACUACAAUUUAUUACAGGAUAUUUAAAUGUAUUGAGGAAAAGACCCAAAUACAUUAUUUUUGCAAAGUAGUAAGAACAUACAGUACUGUGCAAGUCCAGCAUUCAACACAAACAUAAAAUAAAGGUUAAAUGGCAUUAAUGUCUUUGGGAAAGUGACAUUUUCUACAAUGUUAACCUGGAUUGAAAGAGUUACUUGUGCUACCACAUUAAUGUACUGAAAGGAAAGGAAAGUUUUACUUGUGAGAUGUAGAGAAGCCUCUGCAUUGUUAUAAAAAUGGAACCAUUAAAGUAAAGAGUUAGUUCCUGAGAACAGGCAGGUAUACAUAAAAACAUAAUAUUAAGACAGUGACCAUAAUGACAUGGUUGAUGUCAGUAGUUUGCAUCAUGAUGUUGUGUUGGGGGUACUUGGUAGGAGCUUGUCAGUUAGUCCUAGUCAGUAAUAAAACUUUUUUUCCACAGUCAUGUUCAUUGAAAUAUUUCUCUCCAUUAGAUAAAUAUGUCCCCUCUGUCCUUUAAUACCUAUAUUUCAAAAUACUGAACAUUGCAUUUUUUUGUUUUUGUCUUGGAAGGACCCUUACUGUUCCCUACCACCGUUUUGGCUGGCAUCAUGUCUCUUUUUGUCUCUACUUUCAUGAAAUAGAACAAGCCCCCCAAACUAGACUUUGGCGAAUCAGUUCUACUUCUUGGUUUGAAUUUUUCAUUUUCUUCGUUUUAGCGAUUAUCUCAAAGAGAAUAGCUAACGCUCUAUUCAUGCAGGCAAGAACAAACUGUCAAGUUGUCUUUAACCUGAAGGGAUUGCAGUGGACUGAAGUGAUGAGGAGACUUGAGAAACGUGUUGAGUUCAUCUGCCACAGAUGAGUGAUAACUCUGAUUUUACUCCUUCUUGAACUGUUUAGUCUAGUGAGAACAUAAGAGGAAACUCUCUAAUAUACCAGCAUUGGAAUUGAUCACAGAUGUAGACUGAUAUGUUGGAAUGUUUGGCACCUUACUCAUCACCAGAUUCACCUCAACCUGAAUAUGUUUUUUAGACUCUCCAGAAAACCGUAAAGGGGUGAUGUGAGGCUUCAUAUAAGCAUCUGUAAAAACAAUGGAUCAUAUCACAGUGGCUGGGGUCAUCAUUUAUGCAGUCUACACUCAACAACACAGAAAUUAAAAUGUGUGUGUUAUUAUUUUAAUCAUGUUGUAAAAUAAGGUGUAAUGGCAGUGUGAGUGCAUCAUCUUUUCUUUUGCUAAUUUUCCUGAUUUUUAAAAUCUCUAAAAGAAUUUGCUAUUUAUUUGCAUUUGCUUAUUUAUUUAUUUAUUUAUUGGACAUGAUAAACUAUAGCUGAGGAUUUAAAGGUGCUUAUUCUUCUGACCAGUCAUGACUUACUCUUUUCUUUUAGCGCACUUUAAACCAGAUUUAGAUUUUAGUUUAUGUGGAAAUUAAACACCUCCAUAUGACCUCAAUCCGGUCUCCCUUGGUACAGGAUAUAGUCCAUGAACUUUUUAUUAAAAAGGAACAAGUCCCAAACAUUAUGUCUUAAUAACUAGCUAGAAAAGCAGUCUGGCACAGUUGAAGUGGGCCUCAUUCAUUGUAUGUAAAUAUUCUUUACUGCUGUGUCUUUGUCUUGAAGCAUUAUACUGCUUUAUAACAGGCUGUUAAAGGAGCAGUGAUCAGUUUACUAUAACACAGGGAUUCUGGGAAAUCAACUUCAAGUUUAAAAAAACUGGACCCUCUCAAUGCUUUAUGGUGCUGCCAAUAGACAAAGUUGCCAAGUACAGAUUUAAUCCUCAAUAAACCAAUGUCAGUGCAGUCUGCAUUUUAGAGGAUAUGGAAAUACAAGUAGGACUUCAGUGCAGCAGUGCCAGGCAAACAAAAAAAGACUAACAGACUCGAAGUUUCAGACAGUAACAUUUUUACAAGAUUUCAGUCAAGUUUACUUUGAGAAGAUUCUGCCUCUCAGAAGAGAGAAAAAAGGAGAACCAUUUCUAAUAAUGCAUGUUAAGAUUUUUUUCAUAUAUCAGUUAAAAAUGAAGUAAACUCACUUUUAAUUCAACAUAAAUAUAUUUUGUGUAUACAUGCAUUUAUAAAUUCAAUAUGUUAACAUUUUAUGUCAAAAAAUUUAAUGUUAAACUUCAGAUCUUUAACAGUCCACGAUCUCUAUUGUUGUAUUUUGUGCUUCAUUAUGCUCCACACACUUUCAUUGGCAGACAGGUCUGGACUGAAGAGAGAUUAGUCCAGUAUCGUCACUCUUGACUCUGAAGCCAAGCUGCUCUAACACGUACAGGAUAAGUCUUGGUGUUGACUUGCUGAAAUGAACAGGGAUGUCCCUGAAAAAGACGUGGCUCUGAUGGCAGCAUAUGUUGCUCCCAAACGUGUUUGUACCUUUCAGUAUUCACGGAGCCUUCACAGAUGUGACAGUUAGCCAUGAGCACUAACACAACGCCAGAACGUCACAGAUGCUGGCUUUGACCUUUGACCUGAUAACAGCCUGAAUGAUCAUUUUCCCCUUUAAGACACCCCCUCUAUGAUUUUAUAAAACAAUCUGAAUUGUCAGACCACAGCACGCUUUUUCAUGAGUCCAUCUCAGAUGAGUUCUGGUCCAGAGAAGCCGGUGUUGUUUCUGGCUGUUGUUGAUAUCUGUCUUUGUCUUUACAUGGUAGAGAUUGAAUUUGUAGAUGUAGAGAUGAACUGACAAUGGUUUUCUGAGGUGUUCCUAAGUCCACGUGGUGACAUACUUUACAGAAUAAUGUGGGUUUUUACUGCAGUACCUUCUAAGGGGUCAAAGGUCAUGAGCAUUUAGUGUUGGUUUGGGGUUUUGCUGCUUACGCGCAGAGGUUUCUCUGGACUCUGAAUCUUUUAAUGAUUUUAUGGACUGUGUAUGAUAAAAUCACUGAAUUCCUGCAAUUGUACAUUGAGUAAUGUUGUUUUUAAGCCAUCAGACUUUUUGCUCAUGCAGUUGUUGACAAAGUUGUGAAUCUGGCCCCAUCCUUGCUUGUGAAGGACUGAGCCUUUCAGGGAAGCUCCUUUUAUCAUGACAUCUGUUUUCCAAUAAACCUGUAUCAGGUGUAAACAGGUGUUUUUUAAGUAGUCCCAAAUUUUGUACAUCUUUUUUUAUGAGUUUGAACAUUAAAUAUCUUGUCUUUGUUGUGUAUUCAAUUGAACAGAGUUGGAAAAUGACUUGCAGAUCAUUGUAUUCUGUUUUUAUUCACAUUUUACACAACGUCCCAACUUUACUGCAAUUGGGGUUUGUAGAAUAGAGGAAGGUAAGAGGAGGUACCAGACCAGGAUAGAUGAGAACAAGACACGAGGUAGAGGUGAGAGGGGAGGGAAGAUAUAUCGGUAAGAAGAUGAGGGAGGCGAGGGAGGAGAAAGAGAAUAGUGUUGUGUGAGCAAGGCAGGACAGGAAAAAGAGAGAACGAAAAAAGAUAAAUUGAGGACAGGUGGGGCACGGAAUGACUUGCACAUGACUUCGAGCCACCAGAAAGAAAAAGAAGAAUAGGAGGUGGAGGAGACUGUGAGAAUAGCUUUUCCCCACCGUUCUGCCCGCAAGCCCUUCAUUAACUAUUCAUUAUCCACCCUGCACAUCCUAUCUAUCUAUCUAUCUAUCUAUCUAUCUAUCUAUCUAUCUAUCUAUCUAUCUAUCUAUCUGGCAUAAAUAUCACUACACUGCAAACAUUUCUGUCUAUGUGAGCAUUUGCUUAGCUGUGUGUGUGUGUGUGUGUGUGUUUUUGUGUUUUAUGAAUGCCUGAUCUAAAUAAAAAAAAAUGACACUGAAGCCAACUCAAAAGUGCUCAACACCAGUGAUGAGAAACAAGGGCAGGUCAUUGUGUGUGUUUUAGUGUGUCAGGGUACGACUCCCUGUGACUACAAACAAAAGAAUAUUGGAUGAAGAAGAUAUUUAUUGACAACUGAUAUUGCAUCCAUGAUGAGACAUCCACACAGACUGAUGUUUCUUUGAGGAUGUGAUAAGCUCAUAAACACAAACUUGCACAGCUAAAUAUUCAGUGUUUCAAACACACACACUCACACACACAUGGAGUGGUUGCUGGGAGCCUGCUGGUUCGGCUGGUGUUUGGAGGUGAUACUGCAUGAAGGCCUGUGGUGGCUGCUAUCAUUCAACAACCAAUGCUUAUCUCUCUGCCGUUCUCCCUCUCCUCCUCCCUCUCUUGUUCAGUCUUAGUGUAUCUCCCUGCAACUCUCUCUCAAUCUGUUUCUCCUCUUUCUUACUGCCUUGCUUCCUCACUUGCUCUAUCUCCUGCUCCCUCCCUGGUUUCCAUGGUGACAGCUGUGCGCUGCAGAAAUCACACUGAUCAGAGAGUGAGAUAGAAGGAGCUUCUCUCUUUUAUACAUGAGCACACACGCACACAUAAAAAUACGACAACAACAAACAUGGAAUGCACAGCUGUACAGAUUCUCUCUUCAUGCGCACAUCGGCUCCUUUUCUCAUGCCUUUGUACACUUUUAUGAAUGUACUAUUCUUCUUCUCCUGAACUACUUUGUCGGCUCGCUCACAGACACCGGCAGACACACACAGCCCAUGAAUGCGCACCACGCUGUCUUAGGGUGCCAUACUUGUCUGCGAACACAACCAAUUGAUUUGACUUCCAUAUCACUGUCUGUUAUUGGAUCAUGCUAAGCAAGUCAUUAGAUUAAUUUAAUUGAUGGCUGCUUAGCUCAAGAGAGAGAGAGAGAGAGAGAAGGGGGAGGUGAGGAUAGAGGGAGCAUCAGCUGACCUUGAAAGAAAGACCUCUUGAUGGACAGCCGAUGGGAGUGCUGGUCAUGUGUGAUUGGCUAGAGUAGAAAGACUGGUCACAGCCUAUUGGUCAGAUACAGAUGUCCAUUUUGGCUCCACACCCACCCACCACUCACCCUCCUCCCCACCCCCUCUGAGCUCUCACUGAGGAAUUCUCCCAUCACUCAGUGAUAAAGAAGGCUUGGAUCAGCAACUUACAGUACACACACACACAUCCACACACAGAGAUGUGCACACACACACACACACACACACACACACACACACACACACACACACACACACACACACACAAAGGCACGCUAAUAGACACAGUGCACUUUGAUACACAUGUACACAAACAGGCACUCACACUAAUCUAUCAGUGCAGACAAUAAAAUGGUCACGUGCAUAUCUGACUAUCUCACAUGUUCUCAUGUCUGCAAUCUCUGUCAUACACUCUUGUGCGCACUCACAUCACAGUGCCAUGGAAAACCUGUACGUGUGAAUUGCAGCUGCAGAAUUAGACGUGUUAUGGCUUGCUUGCUGCCUGUGGUGUGUGGGAUGUGUGAAUCUACUCUAAUUGUGUUCAUGCAAAUGUACGUCUGAGUCUCUCGUUCUCCCUCUCUCUUUCCUUCUUUCUCUUUCCCUCAUGUCAUGCAUAGCACAACCUCGUUAAAUCAUUUUUUUGUUUUUUUUGAAGUCUCCAGAGGUUAAAUUGCCUCCUUAUCAAAAUACCUCUGAGUAGGUACAGUAGUCUCCUUUUCUCAGGGAUGACAUCUUUUAUUAACACAGGGACAUUAUGUAGAGCUUUACAAAGGUUUGUGUGAUUAUGGGUUAUGUGCAGUGCAACAGUGAGAGGUCCUUGUGCUUCCCAACAAGUGCUUAUGCUGAUUAAUAAAGUGAAAAAGAAGGUUGGAUAAUGAGGCAAAAAUAUGAAGAAAAUUACUCAUCUAAAAUAUCAUCUAUCCAACGUCCUUCUGAACCCUCAGUGGUGAUGUGUUUCUAACAUGGAGAGGGUGAUUCGAGGCCACAAUGAAGAACCAAAAACAGUCCCUGUCUCUAUCAGCAGUUUUGUUUUGGUUCUGAAACUUCAAGUAGAGCUAAAAGCGAGACUAUGUAUUUGUUCUUCAUCAAACAUUUUGCUGAGAUUCAUUUCUUAUUACCCUCUACUUUGAAAAUACAACGUCUGAAGGAAGUAUGAAAAUCUAAAGUGACUUCAUAUAAGCCAGAUACUAAUAAUAAACUUAAUUAGACUGAGAAGUAAUGGUGAUUCAAUCAGUUCGACACUGUCACGACCAUGAAAUGCAGAUGUCAUAUCCAUGAAGGGUAAUUUCCAUCCAUAUUUUCAGCUUACAGUCUCAGGCUGAUAAAAUGUCCGCGUUUCCUGAAGGGAUUGUUCCACAGAGGGAUGAGCUCAGUGGUGAUUUCAGGCAAAUGUUCCCCCCUUAUUUCUGUCACACCCUCAUAAAAACCUAAGAGUCUCACCUGAGAGUCACCCAGUGAGGAGUGACGGCAGGGGCGUCAGAGUGGGGAUAAAGUGGGACUGACUACUUUUGUGAACUAUGAGUGUCUGAUUGAAUAAACAGAUAUUCAGAAUUUCUAAAGGAAAUUAUGCCAGUUGAUCAGCUUAUUCUGACCGCAGUCUGUAGAGUUAAGUGGGUGAUGCUGCAGGUUGUAGUAACAUCUCCCCACAAUAAGAUGUACUUUUAAGAGGCCAGAAUUCCCGACAUCACCACAGAUUUUGAUGGUUGUUGAUUAGAGCUGCUGAGACCUGGACCAGAUAGUUUAUUUUCCACAAAACAAGUAAAAGUAUUUGACAGUGAGGUAAAAUAUUUUCCUUCAUAUUCAAAAUAAGGAGUUUGGUCUGUAAAAUUUUAAAAUGCCUUGAUACACAUGUUGCAGUUAUUAAGACAGACCUUUGUUUGAUCAUGAGAUAAUGACUGGUGAUGCUGAGUCCUCUAUAUGCUCUCCACAUUCACUUAAAUUGGAGAGUCAAACAGGCGUAUGGAUACAGCAGGAUACACGAUAAGAAAAUUGAAGCCCUUCAUUUCUCUUCACUAAAAAUAUCUUCAGCUCACACUUUCUCCUGAGUUUGUACUAUUUUAUUUUAUGAAUGAGUUUACUGAAGGUAACAUGAUCACCAGUGAUCUGGGUUCAAUGGAAGCAGUUUACUUCCAAGUAAAGUAUGUAUGAUUUUGGUGCCUGAGGGGAUCAUUAGGAAGUGCAGUUUGAUUCAAGUGACUCUUGAAGUUGGUGUUGAUCAAUGAGUCUACAUCAUAGACUGUAUAUACUAUGGACAACUUGGUUACGCCUCCGUCAGUAUAAGGAUUUGAAGACAAAACGCUCUCGGUAUUUCUAGGUUUUUUUCUCCACUUCCUGAAACCAACAUUGCGCAGUAGCAUUGUAUGCAUUCAUUGGGAGAGUCACAGAGAGUCGCUGUGAUGACGCUUUGCUCAAACAGCGUAUCCUCCGGGUGAGCUACGCAAUCUUUGUACACCCAUAGGCUGUAUCAAGUGUCAAUCAAAACAUGAACCCCUUCAUAACUUUUAAAAACGGAGCUGUACAGAAAAAAAAGGACUUGAGCACAAACCAGUCUACAGUAACUACACGUCAACAUCGCAAGCAGGGAGGAGGAAAAUGUAUGUUCUGUAUAAUUAAUUUUUUAAAGUUUGUCAACAGCUCCAUAGGGAUUGCUGGAGGAGAUGGGAUUUAUGACCUAUACUGCAGCCCGUCACCAGAGGGUGCUGUUCUCGUGGUGGUUUCACCCAGCAAGGAGGCAGGCGGCGUCGAUUCUAUAUACAGUCUAUGAGCUAUAUAGAAAGUAUAGAAGCUAAGUAUAGACAGUUUAAGUAUUUCCUCUUGUCUGUUAUGCUACAUUAGGUGAAUGUGAUGUCAUAUUAGAUGAAUGUCCUUGCUCUUGCUGCUCUUAUUGUUGUGUUUACAGUGUGGAGAUGUUUCUGAGCUCUGGUCAUAAAGUGGGAACAACAAAGAGAAAGCAAAGCUGUGCUGUGUUCCUGCAGAUGUCAUUGAAUGGACCACUUAAGGUGGUUGGGAAGGGUGGAUUAAUAGAUGGACUGAAGGCUUGACUAUUAUUUAACUCUGAAGUGACUAUCCCAUUAUUCUCCUCCUAUUUAACUUUAAUUUCCCAAAAAUGUAUCCCACUCUGCAGAGACUUAAAUGUCAUUUUAACAGCUAUCUCUGUCCCACAUUUAUUUUGAAUCAACUCCCUAGCUUCAGAGAAGUCACAAAUGUCAUCGUUGCCUGGUUUAUGUGCUCCAGUCUAACUUUGCCACAAUGGAAGAAAAACAAAUCUGCAAAUCUAUGCAACAUAACCAGUGCAGCACUUCUGCUCAUCCAGAAUCUGAAAUGUUGAGUGUUUAAAAUAAAUAGCUGAGGUAUUUUCUAAGAAAUAAAGGUAUCUAUCUAUUUAUUUUUGCCUUUUUGUCAUUUUGUAGCAUUUCUAUUUAAUUUUUUAUUGACUGUUUCUCGUGUAUUUACUGACAUGUUUUAUAAGCUGCUCUUGAGAAGUGCAAACAACGAUAAUUUUUCUCAGAGGUAUUUUGUCAUUUUGAGUCUAAAUGUCAAAUGUGCAGAGUCCCCCUUCAGUCCCCCCUCCCGCAAUGAAAACUCAUCUGUUUUUCACAUAUGGUACAUUGUUAUUAGAUUUAAGCUGCACAGGGUUCCUCAUCAUCUCCUGCAAAAAUAUCCACAGCUAAAUGCUUGAAAACUACAGCAGGGCUGAAGAGUUAUGUCUUAAUUCAUUUUUCAGAAAUUAAAGAGCUUUCUGGAAAUGCAUCCAUGUUUUAUAUGUUAUCGACACACUGAAUGUUUAUAUUUAAUUAUAUUUCCUCCUGAAGAAGACUCACCCUGAGGGGCUGAAUGCAACAUUCAUGCCAUAUUGGAUUCACCCCCCUCUUUUCUCAUGUAGAGCAUGUAUGUAUACUGUAUCUUGUGAUUCUUUUAUGGUUUGUCUGUAGUGAGCACUGUGAAACAAGAGUAAAAGGAUUGGAUGUCCUGAAAAUAUAACUGGAUGAUUAAGCAUUGGUCUUCUCAACAGUUUAACUCAGAGGCAGGUUGAAAAGCCAGUCAGGAUAGAGGGGCAGGAUGCAUGUCAUUGAUAGUCAACUGUUAAAGGCAGUGAUAGAUCUGUAUUUAGCUGUUGUCAUGCACAAACAAAAUGAGUAUAAAGGCAGAUCCAUAUCUUACCUCUCCUCUCAUGAGGCAACCGUGCAAGUCAAACUUUUGGUUUUACAAAGUUAUAGAAGUUGGUUGGACCCAGCUCACCUUAUAAGGAUGAAAAAAGUGCCAGAGGAGGAAGAGGCUGGAGCAAGUCAACUGUCUUAGAGCAGUUUUGAGGAGGAAAUCAAGCUCUUAUUAUUUAUAAUCAAUUCAACUUAUAGAAAAGAAAAAGUGCUGCAGCUUUUUGUUUUUACCUCAUAUUUUUUUAUUAUUAUUUUUUCUUUUUUGCCAGUGAGAUCAGUGUGACAAUCAGUGAACUUUAAGUGACACAUUCUCACAGGAUUAAGUUGAUUUUAAGCUGUUGACCAUGUCUAUGUUUAAAAUCAGCAGACACAGAAUCAUUUAUGUCAUUUUAAGUCAUUUUUAUUUCUUAUUAAUAAACAUAAAUCCGAUACUUGUAUCUUUCCGGAUUUUUUGGCAACACCAACUUUUGAGAAAGUGCCUCUUCAUCUGUCUAAAUACUCCCUCACUUAAUGCACUUUCUGACUGCAGGAACUUUCCCCAGGAUGUAUGGACCUUACCCCAGAAUUCUGAAUGUUUCAACUGCAGGAACUCGGGUCUAAAUUUAGUUCUGGGGUAGAAAUUUUACCCCUUAAAAGGCCCCUGCUCAGGGCAUAGUACUUUUUAACGACCAAGGGACUUUGGGAGGGAAAGCCUGAUGAUUUAAUUUACAUUUUCAAAAGGUCAUAAUUUUACAUGUGAAAUACUGGCAGCACAGACACGUACACAGAUAUUCUGGAUUUUACAUUCAACAUAACCUAAUGAUAUCUGAACAGUAACACUAGAAUAUACAUGAACUUUGACUGUUUAUGUGCAUUUUUCUGUCUCAGAGAUGCUUUUGUAGGAAUAGUUUCAGGGGUUAGUAUAAUCAGGAAACUUUUUUACAAUAUGAGCAGACAUAGAGUUCACACACAGACACCAGCUGAGCAGAGAAAAGGUUUAACUGGUAUAGGAACCAAAGGACAAAAGUUCAAGAGCUAAUAUCUACAGUCACCUGAUCCUACUUAAUAAUUUAUGCAUCCUACCCGCUGCCAACAGGAUUUCUGAGAACUUUGUUUUGCCCUGACCCAGCAGACAACAAUGGGCCGCAGGAACCAUUGAGCUCCUUGAAGAGAAGACCCUGGAACUGAAUGUUCUGGGUACUUCAGGUGGAAAAGCACCUGUAGUCUGUUUUUGGUUCUGGGAACGUAGAGCAGAGAGUUUAUCAGAGCUUUUCCUCUGUUACUCACACUGUGUCUCACCUGCAUAUGUACUGUAAAAAAAUGAAUACCUUUUCUGAGCCAGUUGGUCCCAUUCAAACUGGGACAGUUACACUUCAAACCCCAUGGAACAAAAUAUUGUACCAAAGCCAUCUUUUCUGGUAUUCCCAAGAUAGUUCCAUGUUAGCAGCUAAAUUAUUCUGUCGGCUGUGUUACUUUGCUAUCCCUCAGUCCAACUCAUCAUCAGCCAGAAACAGUAUCUGUUGACGCUGAGGUGCUUUACUCUGACAGUGUGUGUUUUUGACAAGACUAAAUCUCACAAAGUGUGGGAACUGGAUUUUAAGAUGUGCUGCUUGUUCUGCCGUGAGCCUAAAAAUCCUACUUAAAUCCUUCUUACAUAACUGCAAGCUGCUUGGAUGGUACUUCAUAGAGGUUCUCCUUUUUGUAUUCAGAAUUUGUUUUCUUUCGUCAUUAACCUCCUCUCAUGUAAUUUAAGGAUUAAGGUUGGCAUUAAUUUAUUUUUUCUUGCUGCAGUGGAAUCCAAUAAAAAGACACAAAACUAACAAUGCAUUAGUCUGUCUCCCAACCCUCUCCAACUUUCCGACCCUUUCUGUGGCACUCAUUGCAAAACCCGUUUGUUCAUCAUGGAGAUGUAAAAAUGGGCCAAAAGUGUAUGAAUAUCUUUCUUUUUCUAAAUGUCUUGAUGAUUUUCCUGCAAAUACUGGCCACCCCAAAUGUUGCAGAAAUUGGAGUUAUGAGGGAAUUGGUUUGGGACUAUUUAUAGAGGCAGACAAAUUUGGUUCUCUUUGGAGUAUUUAGGGCAGCAGAACAGUUUAUGCUUUACUGGCUUAAAAGAAAUAUUCAUGUCAUAUUUAUUAUAAACAACUCAUUUACCUCUCAGUUGCCAUGUCAAAAUGUGCAAAUGUACAGAAGGAGCAGUCACCUAAAAAACUCAUUUUUGGCUGCUUUAUUUCUGUUUUUCUGGCUCCAGAAAAGGAAGAAAUCAGUCCUAAUUAAACCUACCUGAACAUCCAAAAAGUCAGGGUGCUUUUACUCCUGGAUCAUAAACGCUGAAGUCCUACACUGUCUACAACAGAAGUAGAGCUUAUGCUAGGCAUGCAACAAUUCAACAUUUUCAUAUCAAGUACUCAUACUGAUACUUUUCGUAUGAGCCAAAACUGAUACAGAUCAGAUCCAGUACCACAGGUGAAUUAACAACAUCUGUCCUUUAAGUUGAGGAUGAAACCGGGAGUUAUCUAAUGGCAACAUCAGGCUUCACUUUGUACACGGUGGUAAAAUAAGUAAUUAAAUUUUGUAACACAGGACUUUAGAAACAGUGAGUUUGUGUAAAUGUACAAAUACUGGUAAUAGUUCAUUGGCUCGGCCACUGCUGGGAUGAAACCAACAUUGAGUAUCACAUUGGCACAGCUCUAUAACACCGCCAGAGGACUUCAGAAAUUUUGUUCUGUGUGUCGUUUGUCCUUUUCAUCACUUGAACCUCCACUUACUGUGCUGAUCUUGUACCUUUACAUACUGUUGUUUGUGGUUCAGCAGAGUGACGAAAGCCCCUCAUGGAUUGACUCAUUAGUUUGUAUACUUUUUAUUUUGGGGAGCGAUGCCCAAUGUUUGACCAGUAUGCUGUCAUUGAGAUACUUCUUUAUGGCUCCUCGUGACCAGUGACUCAUUUUGUUGUUCAGUUCACAAACUAAUGUUGUUUGGGGUCUUGGAUCCAACAUCCCAAUAGUUUGAUGAGUGCACAUGUUUCCUAAUACACUGUGAAAAGAGGAAUGUGAUGUAUGGAUGCUCAGACAGUCCUGUGUGUCCCUGUGUGUUUUGGCAUCAUACAGUAUUGCGUUGUGAGCACACACCAAAGGUUCCUUGGGCAAGUCACUUAACCUCACAUUACUCCCAAGGAGCAUAGCCAGCAGUGAGUGCAGAUGUGUCAGUACUGAUGGGCACUUUACAUAGUGUCGUUUGCCAUCAGAAUAUGAAUGUGUGAGUAAAUGGGUGAAUGUGAUUUGUUGCGUUAAAGUGCUUUGAGUCAUCAGGAGACUAUAUAAAAGUGCUAUAUGAGUACAAUUUUUGCACCUUCAACCCCGAUUCCUGUCGCUCUGCCACAAAACUUCAAUAAACCAUAACAUUUCCUUCUAAAGAGCGCUGACUUGAACCUAGCACUCUGUGAUAUGAAAUCCUUAACAGUGUUUUUAUGCAGAGGGUACAGUAAACUUUAUUCUUCCUGAUGAACUUAAAACAAUCAAUGAAAGAAUUAGGUUUUAAGAGGAAUGCAAAGUAAGCUGUAUAUAAUUUACUGGAUUUAUAAAACGAAUAUUCACAUCAGAAUUUACAUGAUUAGUUGAGGCUCGAUAAAUUCAGCAUCAACUCUGUAUGUAGUUUUCACACUUAGGGCUCUAUUUACGUGCCUGCCGACGGUGCGGCUGAGGGUGGCGCACCCCGCGCUGUGGUAUUUUCAUCUGGCGGAGCCCGGCACACAGCCAGUUUGGUAUUUUGGUAGACUGAAGCGCACCGAGGUGCGCCAAGCUGGGCGUGGUGGCACAGUAGAGGGAGGUGUUGACAAAUUCAGCUGGCGCAGUGACAUUUUCGUGCCUGCAGGUGGCGUGGGAAGUGCGUUGAAAGCUCGCCGAUUAAAACCUGGUCAGCUUUCAGCACAGGCAGAGCUGCCGCACUGGCAGGUUUCCACAGUGUAAGGCACAAUUCAGUGCAAUAAAUAAUCAUCGACUACUAAUAAUCUGAGUCAGCACAUACAUUUAGAUCUAUAUCGAUAUAUUCUGAUCUAUAUCUGAUCUGAUGAGUGCGUUUGGCACAUGUUUGGACACUUAACCUGACCGAAUUAACACAACUGAAACUGCAUUAAAUCAAAUAUCCAGCAAAUAGUCAUCCAUGAUGGGAUAUUGAAUCCAUGAACAGGAUAGGGCUGUGCAAUAUGGUUCAAAGAUCACAUUGCAAUUAUUUUGGCGGAUGUAGUGUUGGUGAUAAAAUUAGCAGUUAAGGUCAAAAUGCUUGUUUUUGCAUAUAAACCCAGGAACAGCAUGGUAUUUUUAGUUUUUUUUGUGUGUGUGUGUGUAUCAUAAAAACGUAUUUAAUUUUGUCAUUUGGGCAUCAGAACAUCUUUGGAGCACUUUCAAAUAUUAGUGCAACACAGUUUUUGAGACAUUUGUCUGUUCAUAUCUGUGCAAAUUCCAUACCAUGAUCAUGUUUUCGCAAUUGAUUGUGCAGCCCAUAUGUAAACACUUAAAAUCAGUUGAACUUAAUUUUGAUAAUGGAAACUUUGAUUCACUCUUUCAACUCCCUCCAUUCUUUCCUUUCCCUCUGUCUGUCCAGCCUCUGCCCCGAAGCUCCGACUGAUGCGAGGACAGUCUCUAAUGGAAGGGGACAAGCUGUUCUUGAAGUGUGAGUCGUCAGGAAACCCCAGUCCUUCCUUCCGCUGGUACAAAGAUGGGCACGAGCUUCAAAAAGGCACAGACCUUAAGAUAAAGACCAAUAAGUGAGUAUUUCAGACAGGAGAUGUCUUGGUAUGGUUAAAUUUGUUGGCUUAUGAGUAAGAGACAUCCGAAUCAGAAUCAAGUUCACUGCCAAGAAGGUUUUAAUCAUACCAGGAAACUGUCUCAGUGUGUUGGUGCUGAAACAGUGAACACAGGGUAAAAAUAGGAACAAAAUAGAAAUACAUAAAAAUGGGGUACCAAUGGCCUAGCAAUCUAAGCACCCCAAAUAUUGAGGCUUUAGUCAUGUUGCAGUGAUUGCUGGUUUGGUUCCCAGCCACAACCCUUUGCCACAAUUCUUAUGCCUCUUGUCACUUCUUACAUUCCCUGUCUCUCUUCAGAUGUCCUAUCUAAUAACAACAUAAAAGCCCCACAAUGACAUAGAAAUGCAGAAAUAUUUAGAUUUACAUAUAUAAAUAAGAGAAAGGCUUUUUUUUUACAACUGGUGAGAAACUUUUAAUAGAAAAAGACAAAAAGGUUGAAACAGUUCCAAGCUGUUAGGAGUUUGGGGGACUGUUAAUCAGGUGAAGACAAGACAUCAUGCACCAACACACCAAAUCACCCUCCCGUGAGGCCAUCUUUGAUAAGAAGAAAAAUAUUGAUAUGUUAAGAGAAACUCUGGCAGUUGAACAAGGAAAGGUCUAGAUUAGAGUAAAUGUCUGCAUUGAAGGUCAGAGUUUUUCAGGUCAAGUCUAAUACAACUCCCACAUGCUCAUAUGGAUAUUAAAAAGUCAAUAGUCUGUUAUUAUUCCUCUUCCCUGUACUAGUUGUGAAAUUAUACAUCAACACCUAACACCUACUCUUUUUGGAUGAUAAGGGCUGUUAUCCAUUCUUCAAAAGAGUCAUCUUCAGCCAUGUUAAAAAUAAAAUGUGAAGUUCAGUCAAAGCUCAUUCCAAAGAAGUGGAAGUUAGACCUGUUAAGUGGGUGUUUCACAAGUGUGUCAACAUUUGUGGGAGCGUUACCCAAAAAAGUCACGCUGGCUCCUACUGAACUUGAUAUUUCACUCUUCAUUUUUUCUCUCUGUGGCUUCAGAGAGAAACCCUCAGUGACCCAAUCCUGCAGUGUGUAAUUAUAUGAAAUGGCAACACUGUUGGGUUAUAUCUAGAUAUCAUUACACUCAAAUUAUUCAGCAAUUACAUUAACAAAGUAAUAAUCAACAAUCAUGUUAUUAGUCAAAACGAAUGAAACAUACAGUGCAGUAUUUACUGUUCUGUAGACAGUGAAACUAUCAUUUCUGUGUGUGAGCACAUACACACUGCUGUUGAAUGACAGAGUUAGAGAGUGAGUAUACUAUUUUUUAUUUCUUCUGACAAAGUUGGGUCCAGCUUUUGAAGUAAAACUCAAGAUUUUUUAUUAGUUCUGCAUCCAAAUCACUGGAUUGAGUCUUUGGGAGGGUCAGCUAAAUGAAAGAAUGUGACUGACAUUGUGUUUGUGUUGUUUAAUCACUCUUUCUCCCUCUCUGUCCUGUCUCUGCUUCUCUUUCCCUCCCUGUAGAAAAAACUCAAAGGUUCAGAUUAAUAGUGUACGAGUAGAGGACUCUGGGAACUACACCUGUGUGGCUGAAAACUCAUUAGGACAAGAAAAUGCUACAAGUAUAAUCAGCGUACAUAUCUGUAAGCAGUGACACAUCUAUCUAUCUAUCUAUCUAUCUAUCUAUCUAUCUAUCUAUCUAUCUAUCUAUCUAUCUAUCUAUCUAUCUAUCUAUCUAUCUAUCUAUCUAUCUAUCUAUCUAUCUAUCUAUCUAUCUAUCUAUCUAUCUAUCUAUCUAUCUAUCUAUCUAUCUAUCUAUCUAUCUAUCUAUCCCUCUUGGAUUUUCUCUGUGUAUUCUUUUGUCUGUCUCACUGAAAACUUUCAGUUUCUGUAAAACUUCAUCACCUUUUAUUAGAGCACAACACAAAAGCUUUAAGUCCACUACCUGAUUAAAACAGGUUCAGCCCAGCUUUUUACUCACAUUCACAUAUUGUCCAUCUGGUAGUCCAAAUUUGUAAAGACUGAAACACUGAUGUGGAUUUGCUGUUACGCUUAUUCAGGCUUUCCUUUCUUAAACUUCACAGUAUGGACUGUAUAACUUUUUCUUAUAACAGAAAGUAAAUUUCUUACACACAACUUUGCUUGGAUAUGAAACCUUAGACUGCUGAAAUCUGCAGUAUAAGUAAAUUUUGAAGGCCUUCAAGCAGGUAAAGAUUACUCAAAAAACUACCAUGGGGAUGUGACAUUAUUGUGUUACCUUAAGAAACUUAAAGCUUCUGUGAGGAGUUUUCUGUUUGUGUUGAUUUUGGCGCCCCCUGUGGACAAAGGUAUAACCCAUUCGAAUAUUUGCUGUGGGGGUAGUAACAAUAACUGUUUCUUCAGCAUAUCUAUACCCCCACAGCAGUUACAGGCAGGAAAAUGCAAAUAAAGAAAUUGCUAAUAGGUCUAAUUUACUUUAGUACAUUAUAGAAAUGCUCAACUGUUCAUUCUUCCUCAUAAAUUAUCAAGAACUUUUCACAGGAGCUUCACCAAGUACUUUUGAUUAACCAAAGUUUUUUUCUUUUACAAAUAGCAUCAACUCAGGCUUUUAUUUUUGGCUUGCUUAUCUGUGCUUGUUUGGUGAAUGUGGCAUAUAUUACUGUAAGAUUACUUUCUUAAAUUGGAUCUUUUGCAGUGUGUGCAGCAUAACUCUUUAUUUGCUCUAGUUUAUUAUGAGCUCUAGUGAGACAUGCACCUUCUGAAAAAAAAAAUGUUUCAAGAAAUGUGCCAAAGCAACUGAGAGCACCCUCUUUGUUGACUGGGUAAAACGAGUCACUUUGUGCAGUGUAAUAAUACAGCGAGUUAUUAGAGGACCCAAUCUCAGUUUGUUAUGUUUGUUGAGCGCUUGCAUCAUUGUAAGGCUUUCAACUUCUGUCUUGUCUAAAUUUAACUAGAUUCAGUCUAAACAUACCUGCAAGAUUUUAAAUUUUAUCCUGAAAUUCAAGACGAUAAAAUGCAUUUGAGUCAGAGGAGGUGUAUCUGACUGUACAGCUGGGCACUGUACAUCCUUAAAACCCUGCAGCUGUGCAAGAUCGGGGGCUGCAGCUAGCAGGAGAAGUGACUGAAUCCUGGCCAAAAAUAGAAACAUUUGUCACAGUAAGCCUCACUUAUGUAUAAAGUGACGUAGUGUAGUAUGAUGUAUAGUUUUACAGUUGCUAUAAAAUGCAAUCACCAUGUUAUUGUAACAUAUAACUAACAGUUUUUGUAUAUGUUCCCGUUCUGGCUGUUCUUCCUGUAGUGACCACCACCACCCCGUCUCCAGGUAUGAGUCAUGCGCGGCGCUGCAACAACUCAGAAAAGGCCUACUGUGCGAAUGGAGGAGACUGUUACUUCAUACAUGGUUUUAACCAGCUGUCCUGCAAGUAAGUUGGUAGCUCAGUUGCUUUUUCCCCCCUCAGUCAUCACAGUGUAGUUGCUCCCUCUGUCUCCUCCUCCUCCCUCCCUCUCUCUCUCGCUCUCUCUUUUUCAGUCUCAGGCACUGCACCACCUUGUCUUCUUUUCCCUGAUUGUAGCCUCCUCACAUACAGUACAUGCACCUGCAGCCCACAGUCAUUCACCCUGCACCGCCUUUAAGGCUGAAACAGUUUCAACCACUUUCAAAACCGGUUUAAUUUAAGCCGAUGGCUAAAAGAGAUCUGACUCUAAUGCAUUACAAAUGUGCUGUCUUGCUAUGAUGUGUAACUGUACUUUACUGUGAGUGAGGAAUGCUUUUAACAGAAACACCACAGGAGAUGUUUUUUAUGAUGGGUAGAAGUGACUCAUGAAGAAGAGACUUAAUGAAAUGCAUUUCUUUUAAACAACAAAAAUAAUGUGUCCUGGUAGGAGAAGUCACCGCUGCUAAAAACUGUCAGCAGGAGCUCUACCUGUGACUAUAACAAUCAUAGUAAACAAAAGAGAAUGAUCAAAUUUUUAUCAGCAGGGAAAAAAAGAAAACAGUUUUCCUUUGUAAGUCAGUACACAGAGUGCUGAUGAUAUGCUAUCAAGUGUAUUGAUCAAUAAUAGAAGAAAUUGUGCUUUUGCAAAAGUAAGAAGUUUAUGGAAAAUGGCUGCUGAUCCUACUUUUGUGCAUCAAAUUAGAUGACCUGCCAACAAAGUGGCUGUUUUCUCUUUGGCUGGUCACUGUUUGCAUGCUACCCUACAAUACUGGGAUUUGCAUGCCAACAGCAACUGCAAAGUUUAAAAGGAGAGUCAGGAUUAAAAAGACCAAGUUCAAGUCCAGUAAAGUUCAAGACAGCAAAAACAGGUCUUUGUUUGUCAGUACUUACGUUUGUUAGGGUUCUACUCAACAUCUAUCUAAAAAAAACAAAAUAACAAAACUGCCAAUCUGACGUAGUAUUGCGUAGAGUAAAAAUGUUGGCCAUCCGAUAAUGUUACUGUGAAUUAAUUCUAAGGAUAGAUACCUCUCUAUCAGGGGUAUUGGUUUAGCUCUGUAGUUAUAGCAUGGGCCUCAUAUCCAGAAGCUGUAGUCCUCACUGCAGAGGUCAUGGGUUUGAGUCUGACCUCGACUCUUUUCUACAUACUCCCCUCAACAAUUCACACUUUACAGCAACAUUUAACUUUAAAAAAAAAAAAAAAACAUUACUAUUUCAUAGUUAGUAAUUAUUUAUUUUUAGAAAUAUAUACACGGUUUUCCACAAGCAUAGAUCUUCAUGGAGUGGCCCUAGAUUGUGUAAAUAUAUGUCAAACCUGCAACAAUAAUUUGGUUAGUUUGGAAGCUGCAAUCUACUAGUUAAGAUGAGCCUUAAGUCUACAUGGUGCAACCAAACAAAAGUACAACUCAAGUGACAACUUCAUUAGAUUCAGUGUUUGUAGACUUUGCACUCUAAUUUGAAACAUGACUUGUGCAUAGUUGCAGAAGAAGCCCCCUGUUCUCUAUUUAUGUUUACUUCUGCUCCUGGAGCUGCUGAACAUGUGACAACAAGCUUUUCAUUCUUUCUUGUAACUUUUCUUAAAACACCGUGCCCCAAAGCAACAUUAUUUACAUUAAUUCCUUCGGGGAUCAAUAAAGUUCUUCUUCUUCUACAGCUGGCUGAUCAACGAUUGGCUGACAGUUUUAGACGCUGUACUGUGUUCCCAUACUUUGUGAACUUUACACUUCAAAUACUUGUGCAAGUGGAUUAAUUGGUCUCGUUAGAUUUAGUUUCUAGAUUUGUAAACACUUUAUAUGAAUUAACCUUCUACACAAUUCUAAACCACACCUGUAUUUGUUAAGAAUGCUUAUGAUCUCUCAUAGAUGAGGCUUUAUAAAUGUGCUGAUGAUCCAUUGUAGGAGAUGGGUUUCAUAUGAAGAGUUCAACAUUAACAGCUCAGCCGUUAUAAACAUUGGUCCUCAGGCCUUUGCCCUAUGACUGUUUGUAUCACCGUGUUUUUUGUUAAAGUAAAAGAUGAGAAGAGUCACUCGAAAAGCUGAUGGCCAGUCAAGGCAAACUGCAUCUGAAGUAUAGUCACUGUGAUACCAUAAUUAUUGUAGACUAAGGGGUGCGAGGAGGGUUCAGUCAGUGUAAGAUAAAUAUCAAGUUCUCCUAACCUCUUAACUAAAAUGCGUCACUUCCUGUGAGUUGGAUUAUUUUUCUCAGGAGAGAGUUUGCAGACUUGCAGUGUUUACAACAGUAAAAGCAAAACUAUUUAUGGACUGGAAACCAGAUGAAUUACAGCUACAUUUGAAUGAGGAGGCAACGAGGUGCAUCUUAAAAAGGUGUUUUAAUAGUUCAGUCUUGGCUUGAACACAAAAACAAAUGAUACUUGAUAAGAUUUCACCUUUCUAUAGGAUAAGAACAUUUUUGAUAAGUUAACAUAGAUAUACUGUAAUGCCACAGCAGUGUUUGAAAAUUUAAUGCAACCUGAGCUUUUUAUUGAGUAAGCUGCUUAACAUAAUCUGUGUUUUGCACCUUGAGGAAUGUAAACUCUUUAAAAUGGAGGUUGUGAUGUUUUAGUUCCAACACAAACCCAGAUGUAUCCCUCGAUCUUUUGCUGUCUGAUUCACAAAUGUGCUCAUUCUCUCCAUCCCUCUUUCUGAGAGAGAAAUCACAUUUAGAAAUUUAGGUAUUAGACAUGUGUAGGCUCGUACAGCUUACUGAGCAUGAUCGUGCUACACAAACAUCACAUGAACGCAGCAUAAAAGCUAGCAAGACAGCAGCACAUUAGCCAGCAUUUUUCAGAAUGUCGCUGCUGUAGCUUCUCAGCUAUGUCAUCUUGGUCUGAUAAGAGGUUGUAAAAAAUACUGCUGUCUGUAGACGGCCUGAUAAGCGUGCUCACUAAGGAGAUAUGUAGACCCUCACUUGCUCUCAUACGCUGGGACUAAUUCUUUCUUUGUGCUUUGUUGGUCAAAAUAAAUAAAUAAUAUUAGCCUUUAUACUCAAAGUUACUGCUCAAACUUUUUAGAUCAAUAACUUCAUCUUACUGAAAUGAUAUUACUAAUGCUACAGGUUAGGUUAAUAUGAUGAUGAUUAUAAUGUCUGUGGCUGUCUUUGUGAAGUGAAAUGAACAGUUUUAACCACAGGAGUCAUUUUUAUUUUGACUUUUUUAGAGGGAUAAAAGCUUGAUUUUUUCAACUCCAUUUUUGGUAAAGAAAGGACUGCAUAUUAAGAAAGGUUGGCAGGAAGAGGUGAGAAAAGGUGGGAGAAAAGGAGGACUGGUAUACACAGAACACUUUGCUGGCAUAAGGGCUGCUUCUGCUCCAUGUGUCUCCCACCUCUCCUUCCUCGCUCUAUUUAUAACUCUAUGGGAAAAUGCUGAGUGGGCUUUUCUGAGGGGUUUUGCUGUAAUUGAUUCAAAAUGCAAGUUGUCUCUUUAGUGGUAAAAUGCAGGAUGCCCAGGCAGUUAGAUGGACAGUCUUGGUAAGGAGAGGGUAUACAAAGAUCCUUUAUUUUGCUCUGGAUAAAUGUGUUGUUUUAACUCUGAACCCCUAUAACAAGCACAGCAGGGUUAUGAGAUCCAGAAAGCUUCUCAUCUACUGAAUGUAAUGGGACCACACCCAUAACAUCAUAGCGCUGUCGUUGUCAAUUGUUGUAAUUCAUGCUCAGAGCAAUAUGCUCUGCAGUAGAUUAAGAUUUUCUGUUACAUGUCCAUUUUUCAUUAGACUGCAGAUUAAGCUGAUUUACUGUCACUUACAGCUAUAAAAAUAUCACAUCAUUCAUUUCCGUCUCAAUAAGCCAUCAAGCCCAUUAUAACAAUGACUUCAAGACAUUUAACAGUCUGGGGCAGUUUCUUAAAGGGAGAUCUUGUUUUUCAAGGAUAACAGUUGAGAUGAGGUCCUUCAGUGUUUCAUUCUUUGCCGUUGUUUCAAGUGCUUCUUUUGUCAGGUUGUAUAACGUACUUGUUAACAGAAGGUUUAUCUUCCAAAGGGGCAUGCUGGUCAUCCUGGCCCCUUAGCGGAGAACCAAAGAUGGGUUGUCAACUACUGCAGUUGGGGUUCAAUUUUACCAUGUACACUUAAGCUGACUCUAUGAAACUCCAACCCAAUCACUUAUGUCAGACUAAGUACACUCUUUGUUAAGAAAACCUGAGUGCUUUACUUUACUGCCUUCAGAAAGCUGUUUGGUUUUACACUAGAGGAGAGAGACAGGUGUCCCUCCAUCUGAAGCUCACUGAUCAGCAUAUGAGUAAACUCGGCAAUUUUUGACAUUUGUAUCAUUUUUUUUUGUCAACUGCUGAUUGAUGUUUUUGAGGGAGAUGAGUUUGUUCAGGUGCAGAGCUUCUUUCAAUGAGGUAGAGCGGGUCUAGAUGACAACAUCCGGUUCCAGCCGACAUCUAAAGGUAUUUUUCGUGGUUGCCAUGUUGGUGUGGAGGUGAAGUGCAGACUGGAAGGCUAGGAAAUGGAGACAUACACUCUUUCUUCCAUCAGUCAUCAUGGGAAACAUCAACUCUCUGCCCAACAAAAGUGACAUGCUGGAUAUAGUGGUGAAGAUUGAGAAAGCUUACCGUGAGGGCAGUCUCCUGUGAUUCACUGAAACCUUGUUGAAUCACAAAACAACUCAGACUCCAGUGUGGAUUUACCUGGAUUCACUCUCAUAGAUCAGACAGAGAUGCUCAAGCUAGUGGCAAGAAGAAAGAAGGAGGUCUGGCUUUAUUUGUUAACCAGAGAUGGUGAAACUCUUCACACAGAACUGUCAAGGAGAAGUUGUGUUGUCCAGAUAUUGAACUGUGGCAGUUGCUCUUCGGCCAUAUUAUGUCCCAAGGGAGUUCAAUCAUAUACUAAUACUUGUUUACAUCCCAUCCAAGGCAACGGCUUAAGUUUCAACAGAUGUUCUCCAUGAUACUGUUGCUAGGAUACAGACUCAACAUCCUAGAAUGUGAUUGGAAUCACGUUGGACUCACUGGAGGAUGUGGUGGAGAGACGUACACUGAGGAAGAUAGAGGCCACUCUAAAAAACUUGGAUCAUCCACUUCAUAACACCUUGAUGGACCAAAUACAACAGUGGUGGAUGGCUCCUCUCUCUUCACUGCAGGAUGAUCUUUUGUACCCACAGUCAUCAGACUUCCUAACUCUGCUAUAGAUAGUAGAUAAGAUGACAAUAUCUUUAUUGAUCACUUUGGGGAUCAAUGAACUUAUUGUAUUGUAUAUUGUGAACUUGGAUGGCUUUGCACUUAACUUUGACAAAAUUUUGGGCAACAAAUAAGCAACAUAAAGCUGAUGCAGCCAUGACAGUGGUUUAUUUGACUCUCUUCAGCUAACACAGUCAAUACAUUUAAACGCACAGUUACAUUGAGCUAAAGUUAUUUGACUGGACUUCUGACCUUGUCCCAGUUUACAUGCUGGGCAACAGUUUAGUCAUUGACAGAUGCCCGCUCCCUUUCAGCUUGUUACUUUCAGGUCAUCUCCCAGUCGCUGUACUAUACAUCAAUACAGUCGGCAAAACGUAUUAGCAAGAGGCUGAUGGGAUGUUAGUCCAACAAUGAAAAAACUGUCACUUUUUCAGCUCUGUACUGUUGGUUUGAAUAACAAGGAAGUGAAGGAGAAAGUGCAUCUCUGUUUCUCCUUCCCCUGAUGAACUAUGAGCACAGAUCUGUUCUUCUGGUGGCAGCCAUGUUUGUUUGAAUCAUCAUCUUUCUAUGGUCAGUUUGUGAUCACUGAGUCUGUAUUUGGUCAGUAUUAGUCUCUGUUUCCUGUCUCUGACAGAGUGGAGAUAUUCAGACACCUUUUUCUCUUUCUUAAUGGAUAAAUAACGGUUUAGUUGACUUUUAGAUUUGGUUUCUUUUGUACAGUGAUCUAAAUUUAAUUCUUCUGAUUUGUUCAUAAUGUGUUUGACUCUGUUCUGUUAUUUUGGGUCAGUGUUGAUGGAAGCCUGGGUGGUUAAUUUCAUCAUCAGCUGACUGAGGGGGCUGUUUUCAGGGUUCAGCUCUUGGGAUCUUAGUGCUUUGGAGUGAGUUUGCGGGACUCUGGUUCAGGUGCAGCCAGACAGUGAAUGCCUGUUUUUGAGCAUAUUAAAGUGUUGGGAAAUUCCUCUGUUCUGCUUAACAGGCAUUAUUUGGUGUUUUCCUUUAAGCACUGAGAACUCUUUUACAGAACUCAGUAUAGGGAGUUUCUUUUGGGUGUUUUUGGUCCACUGAGUGGUCCAAACACCUCACGUAAUGGUAACUUAUUGAUGCUGACAUAGUUAGACCAAGGUAAGUGUAGGACCUUGAGUGAUUGAUGAGGGUGUUAUUUAAAGCUAACUGGCACUUGCUUUUUAAGAUGUGCUUGUUUUUUUGUUUUUUUGUUUUUUUCUAGAAGAUAAUAUUUAGUGUUUUCCUUGAGUUUGGUAAAAGAAAGAGAUCAUCUGUGUUAAGCAUGAAUCUGACCUCAGUGACUGCUCCUCCUCCUCCUCUCACAAUUUUUUUCUCUCUCUAUUUUAAUUAAAUUCUGUUUCAAUUCAAAGGGCUUUACUGACGUGUAAAAUUUCUCUCCAUUUCCUGAAACCAACAUUGCGCAGUAGCGUUGUACGCACUCCACCACUUACGUAGUAGCAUUGUACGCAUUCGGCGGGAGAGUCGCUGUGAUGACGCUCGGCUCAAACAGCGACUCUCCCGGGUGAGCUAUGCAAUCCCUGAACGCCCAUAGGCUGUAUCAAGUGUCAAUCAUAGAAAACAUGAACCCCCUAAUAACUUUUAAAAAUGGAGCUUCACAGAAAAAAGAGGACUUGAGCACAAACCAGUCUGACAGUAACUACAUGUCAACAUCGUAAAUGGGGGGGAAAAAAAAUUAUGUUCUGUGUGUAAGUUUGUUCACAGCCCCAUAAGCUUUGAUGGAGGAGGCGGGAUUUAUGACCUAUACUGCAGCCCGUCAACAGAGGGUGCUGUUCUCGGAGUGGCUUCACUCAGCGAGGCAUCCGAUGGCAUCCAUUCUAUAUGCAGUCUAUGGUGUUAACUUAGUGGCUGUUUUACAGACAUAUAUUUUUUUUAAUGGACCUUCCUCUAGAAAAUGUUAUAUUUUUACUGGUUUCCCUUUGUUUUGCCUUUCUCUGUCAAUGUGUUUUAAGUCAGGCUUUAAAAAAUCCAUCAAUUACACGCCAUAAUCAAUAGUCCAGACAAUAAUGAGGGAGUGUUGUUGGUUUUUUUGUGUGUGCCUGUGUGUAUCUGUUUGUGUGUGAGAGGGGUCGGAGGUAAGAGACUAUAUUUGUAAUCCCUCCUCAUCCCUACCCCACCAUCAUAUGACUCCCCUGACUCCUAAUGAUGUCCUAACUGCAGUGAUAUCAUAUUGAUGGCAGUGAUGUCACAGUAUGCAGGUCAUAUCUCUCUGUAGCUGGUGGAUUGUGCUGUUUCUAAUCCCUCAUCUCUCUGCUCUCUUAUGUCUCCCCUUCUUCCUCCCUCCCCCCCUCCUCCCCAUUUUCUAUCUGUCUUUGAGUUCUUCUCCUCUUUCCCUCCAACUGUACCUUUAACCUCCCUCCCUCCCUACCUUUCCCCUAUUUGUGUCUUGUUUUCCCUUCAUCAGGUGUCCCAAUGACUAUACCGGGGACCGCUGUCAAAACUCUGUCAUGGCCGGUUUCUACGGUAUGUCCAUUUGCUCUCGUCUGUCUCCUUCGCACUGAGAUGAUGCAUGCUACACUGGAGGGGUUGGAUGGACGGUGUGUUCUGUGUGCGUGUCUGUAUGUUUACAAACCUGCUGACGUAUUUCAUGCAAAGUUGAGUAAUGUGAGUUUAGGUUUGCAUGCCUCUGUGUCCACCCCUUCCUCUCACUGUCUCUCCUGGUUCCUCUGUGGUGCUCCUCUGGUCAUGAGAAACAAACAAUCACAGGAUGUUAAAACUUAUAAGGGGUAUUUUUCACUACAGAAGAGUUUAACUUGAAAAGCUGCUCUAAAGCCUAAAAGGCCCCAAAUUUACCACUCAUCAAUUAACAACAUAAUUUAGUUGAUAAAGAAGAAGUUUCAUAUUCCUCUGCUGAAGAAUCCUUGAGGUCAAAUCCAGAGAACUGCACAAAAGAAACAGAGGAGACAGAGAAUCAACACACCAGGCAAACAAAGGUUAAAGUUACUUGUUUAAUUAGCGCUCCUUUCCUCAAUGAUGGUCCAUCGGUGCUUCUUAGAUUUCUGGAAGGACAUGUUGUGAGCUCCAAGCUGUGCCUGUUUUAUAGAUAAAUCCAGCAAACAGUUUGUGUAUUGUGCUAUCUUGUACAGCUGCCAUUACUAUGGUGACACCUCUGUGUUUGUUACUGCCUACUGAUUGUGAUACAAAACCCACAGGAUGCGUGUUUGUCGCGUACUGUCAGUGUCGUGAUCACUGGCCCACUGGAAGCCUGUGUGGGGCGUAGCAGCAGCGUAGCGCAGUCUGGAGCAGCUGGACUCAGUAUACAGAAAACAACAUACUCACAUCAGGUGGUUUUGCCUUUCUGUGGUCAAUUUCCUGCUAAUUUGGAUGUUAUUCUGCCAACAAACAAUGUGAUUUUAAAAGUUUGGAUUUUUGCAGUUUUACUCAUGUUGAGUAAAGUUAACUAUAUUCCACUUUAUUGUGCUGCUACUUACAAAGUUAGUAGCUAAAAGUCCUGUUGUGGUCAACAUGGAUAAAGGAUAGGCCACAAGGCUGUUCUGUAUUAAAUCCAUAGCCAAGGAGUAUUUCUCAUCAUAUUAUCUGAUAAACAGUCGGGAGUUGGCAUAUGGUGUUUUCUUUUGGACCAUGUGCCGGUCCCAGGCUUGACAUCCAGUGUAGGUCAAUCUUUUCUUGAUGCAUGUGAGACAUAUGCUCCAUCAAAACAAGACUUGCUGUGUGUCUCUAGCGGAGCAGUGUGUAAAGAUGAUUCUGGGUCAGAGCUGAGAGGUGCUGAGGCGCUUCCUGUGUAACAUAGAGCACUGACUGGAAAUCAGAACCUAUGAUGUUAACGGGACCCGACAAAUACGCAUCCUGUGGGUUUUGGGCUUUUGAUAGUAGCAUCAUCAAGAGCUGGAUUAAAGACAUUUGAAAUUGAUGAGGGUAUUUUGAUCAGGAGAUCUGAACAUGAUUUAGACUUUAAAUGAUCAUGAAUAACAGAAACAUCCUGGAAAAAAUGGGCUAUUUAGCAAAUAUUUGUGAUAAAGUGCUGUGACACCAAAGUGUAGAUUACAUAUGAAUGAACAGUUAAAGUCCAUCAUUCAGUAUGUUUACAUGCACAGUUCAGUCGAGCCACUGUUGUACCUGGAUAAGGUGAUUUGACUGGACUAUUGUUUUUAAUCCCGGUUUACAUUCACCAAGCGAAAUCAUUGACAGAAGCACGUCCGCCUCUUCUGCAGGAGGUGGGAACACGCCCCCUUUUUCAGCUCGUUCUAUCAGGUCUUCUUUAGGCUGACAUAUUACGUUGAAAACAGUUGACAAAGCACUUUAGCUAGAGGCUAACAGGAUGUACAUUGAGCUAUGAAAGCACUGUCACUUUUACAGUUCUGUAGUGUUUAUAAAAUGGGAAAUUUGAGUCUUUUUUCAUGUCUGUUUUUGUCUGUUGAGGUUGUAUUUACUACCUGGCUCACUAGCAAUGAUUUAAAGCCCAACAUAUGAACACUGGAGCCUAGUCCAGUUUCAGUCAGACUAAAACAAUAAAAUGAUUUUUUUGAACUGCAUGUAAACAUACUGAUUGUAGACAAGUUGCAUUGGCUAACUCAUAUUUUUAUCCAGAUUUUAGUUCAUAUUUCAAUGAUUUGGUAAUAUCACAGGACUGGAAUAAUAAGUCGUGUUGCUUCCUUGAUUGAUUUGAUUGUUAGUAAUGGGAUGUUAUAAAUGUACUCAUCAUUGAGAGAAAAGCCAUCUACAAGUUGUCAGGAAAGAGAAAAAUGACUUAUAAUUGAAAUAAUCUUCUUAGAAAUAUCCUAGUCUUCUGCACUCCAGUCAGAAGUAAUUGUUUGUGAUUUGUGCAAAGUUUAAAAAAUUCUGUUUGUUACUCCUGUUAAAACAGCAAGAAAGUCUACAGAUUUUUCCUGAUGACGUUUACAUCACUGUCAGGAGAACAAUUACAGACAAAUUUAUGAUCAAAGUAAAAAACAUCACGGUCUGUGACAGCGUGUAUUAGGAUGUGCUGAUGUUGCAGGGAGAUGCUACCUCAGUAAUGGCGGCUCUUGAACUCUGUCGGACUCAUUUGAAGAAAGGAGAAAAUACUUUUUGUUUGUGUUUUUGGUUUCCUUUUUGAUAAGUAGCCCAACAAACAUUUUUAAGAAGCAGUUUAUUCAUGUGAGGUUUAUGAAAUGUUUCCUUUAUCAAUAGAUCCAGAUAAGACACACAGCAGUGAUUAUUGUUGUUCACUCUGCGCAUCCAUGGAUCAUUUGUUAAAAUCUGUCUUCAUAGCAUGAUUAAAAGUUGACUUGUAAUGCUGUCAAAAUGGUGUCACAUGUUUUGCUCCUCCUCCAAACAGUUUAGUCUAUUUUCAGGAACAGUCUGACACUUUUUCAAAACUUUUUUUUAUGCUUAGGAUGAAACAAAGACCAGGAAACAGAUACUUUAGCUUAACGGGCUGAAGGACCACAAAAACUUAGUUUGCCCAAAGGUAAAAAUAUGGACCAACCAGCAACUACAAAACUCUCUGACCUAUAUUUACUUUGUUUGGUUUGAUUGUUACAUAUUUCCAAGCCUGUUUUGCAGCUUUUGAAAAAUCAAAUGAUAACCAGAGAUGUCUGUAAAUGUUGCUGUGUUUAAAAGGUUCCUCUAGCUUUGGGCACACUACCUCCAGACAUAACAGAAAGGUCUCUUGCCUCCACCAGCAGUUUGGCACUCUUUACUCUUUAGCCAUCAAAUGUCUUCUUCAUAUUGUCCAAGGGUUCAACUCGUCUGCACCAUGCCACAUUGUCUUGCUUUGUUGUUUGUCUGUUUUUGAACUUACCAAACUAAAUAAUGUCAAAUGUUUACUGAGGACAGAAAGGCGUCAUGCUCCUUGUAAUGUCUGCUUAUUUUGACCCCAUCUCCCAGCCAUGUAUACAUGCUUAAUUAUGUCUGUGUGACGAUGUACUUUUAUUUUGCAUUGUGAAGCUCCUUCAGUUUGUUGAAGGAACCCUUUCUGCUGUUUAAAUUCCAUGUUUUCUUUGUCCUGCCUGUUUUUCCUCAGUUUUAAAAUGUAGAUUAGAUAAGGUUAGUGUGGGCAGUGGAUUCACUUUUCAUAUUGGCAUAUCUCUAAAUGGGUAGUAAUGCAUGCGGUGCCAAAGAAACAUUGCAUGCUAAGAUGAUUUGUUUGCAAAUUAUAUGAAAGGUUAUAGAUGUAAUAUUAAACGGUAGUGGGGAAAAGUGCAACAAGAGUUACGCUAUAAUCAAUCCUGUGGCACACAAUUUCCAUUAGUUAAAUGAGGUACAGCACCCAACCUCGUCCCAGCCUCAUUGACUACACCGUGUUUUAUGUUGAAGAGUAACCCACUGCUUUUAUCUUUUGUUUUCUUGUGCUUUUUCCCUCGUCUUCUUUUGUUUUUUUUUUUUUUUCAUUUAUUUCAAUGUUGUUUACUCCAGACAUGAGGUCUAGUAAAUAUAGCAGUAAGUGACGUGGCUUUUUGUCUUGCUGUCGUUGUCUCUCUGCAUGCCUUUUCCUGCCUGUUGGCUUCUCUUUUUUUUCCUGCUUAUAUUUCAUUCCCUCCCUUUACUUUAUAUUUUGUUUGGUUGGUUUUUUUUUUUUCUGUCAUUUGUGGGGGUUACAGAGCUGAGGCUGUCUGAGUUAUCUGCCUGUUAAUUUGCGGUACACAUGUCAAUUGCUAUGGCUGACAGCACAAACUAACUUCUAUCCUGGUUCAGUGUGUACAGUACAUGAAAUAAUCUAUCUGCUCCAAAGUGAACAUUACUCCUGACCCUAUCUGUCUCUUUCCUCUUAUCGCGACAACUUAUGCGCUGGCAGAGCUUCUCAGACUUAAAUUUAUAGGUAUGGAUCAUUGUUAUUCAUUUUGCUGUGCUUAAAGGGUUUGCCAAGAACCUCUCACAGUCACACAUUAAUGUGCCAUCCUUUUACCAAAACCAACUGAUAGGUCCCCCCGCAACCUGUCCCCUUUCCCCUCCUGCCCACUAACCUGACAUGUAACAUCCCUUCUUUUGCAUGCAAUCUUUGUAUAGUCCAACAAGGGGAGAAGACAAAUCAUGUAGCACAGAAAGAGGGUGCAUGGGUGAUUUAAAACACAGUGCAUUGGGCUUAGCAUUAAAAAAAAAAAAAAGAAAACAAGCUGUGAGUCGAAAGCUACCUUCUCCGAGAUUGUGCACAUUGUUGAUGAACGCAAGUAUCUACCUCAUCCUCUGUGCUUAAGUAAUCUGCACAUUGAAAAGACGUGACCAGAUAGUCAGUCCUUAUUAUUCUGACCAGAUGUCAGAGUCAAGAGCUCACCUGUCUCCUAUCGAGAUUGUUAUUGGUUCUACUGUGCCGGCCAGCUCACAUCCCAUUUCCCCAAACCUUUCUUUAUCAGCUCCCUGUGACACACGCACAAUGCCAGGCCAAGGCUCUUACAGGAUUUAUCAACCCCAACAGAGGCUCUCUAUUUAGAUACCCCGCUCACCCAGACACACACAUACACACACGCACGCACGCACACGGAUAUAAAUAUAAAUAUUUAAUGUGGACUAUACAAUCAUUACAUAAAUAUUACCUUCUUUUGGGUGUCCAGCUUUUUUGGGAGAACAGUAGAUGAUGACCUUAAGUGUCAUAAACUUAUUGUAGAAAGUCAUAAAUAUGAAUAACUGAUGUAUCUCAUCUUAGCUUUAACUACGUUUUUACAGUAAAAGGCAGAUAAAUAUUCUGACCAACAGCCCUCAGCUGUCCAUAGCUCAUAGAUUUUUUUUAGCAUAAGUUUUAGAGUAAACAAUGAAAUGGCAAACAUGUCAUUUCAGAAGGUUAAUGAUUUAGUAGAAUGAAAUUCAGUCAUUAGAGAGUUUCAUUUGUCCAUGACUAACAAUGACCAAGGGCCUCAAUGACAAAGUCAGGUCGGUGUUUGGGGACAGUUUUUUCCCAAGGUCUCUCUUUUCUGGUCUUGGCCCUGCUGCCCUCUCAGCACCCCCACCCUCCCCCCAGCCCCUCUGUCCUUGUAUUUCCUUCUGGUCCUUUUAUGCCCUCCCUCUCCCUCCUGUUUUGUUGUGUUUGUUGCUCCCUUGCCAUUGCAUUGUUGCACUUGCUGUUCUGACACAGAGUGUUACACCACAGCAGGCCCAGAAUAGAAUUAAGCUUAUUGAUUUGGACUCCAUGAGUUGUUAUUGUUGAUAUCUUCAAUUUAAUUCUCACAGGGGCCAAUAUUUAUGACGGACACUGUCAAUUAAGUGGAUAUAACAUUGUGUAAGAUUAUGUAUCUCACAAUGCCAAACUGAAUUUCAUAUCUGGGUGGUCAAAAACAAAUCAUUAGUUUGUUCAAUUUGAUUGUUAGAUAAAUGUGAGAUAUAUUUAAAACAUUAUAUAAAAUUACAUUGCUGUAAUUAUAUAUCUUUUAAAAACAAAUUCAAACCACUACCAGUCUAUGUCCAGAUAAUUGUUAUAGGCCUUCAAGGUUUGUUGGAUUUGAUACACAGCACAGUGAAAAAACUUUCAUGACGAGUUUCAAUGUAACGUAAUCCAAAAUUUUGUCUGGAUGUUCUUUCAGGCAGUGAGUGACCAAAACCUGAAAUUUGUGGUUAGAUCAUGUUUUUCCUCAGUGGAAGCUUAUUAUUAUUUUUCCAGGUGUGACAGUGAUAGGAUCUAAAGCCUUAAAAGUCAAUUACACAGUACUUAUUUCCAAACAACUGAUGUUAAUAUCAGAAUUAAAAUAUAAGUCCACACAAUAAAGGACCAUUUCUGUGUGUUUUCAAGCAAAAAUAAAAAGGUAAGGUAAACUCCAAUCAAGGUCAAAGACAGAAAUAUAAAAACACUGUCCUGUCUUUUUUCAAAUCACAAUUACAAGAUCUUCAGUGUGUGCCUCACACAGACUUCUUUAAACUGAACUUGAUAGUUUAGCACAGCUGCACUGGUUUGUGCAUAUAAGACUAAAUGGUGAUAAUUAAAAGAUCCUCAUUAUUCAUUUUCUGAAAAAGGACAAAACAAAAAGGAAUUUUUCUUUUUAAACUUUUGGUAUAGUUAGUGUAGUGGUGAGCUUAGUGAUUCCAGACUUUUUUUGACCUAACUCCUCGGCUGUUGUGGUGGUAACACUUUGAACAGAAAAGGUUUGUUGCGUGCAUGCUGACAGAUGCCUUCCAGCACCAUCCGUAGCAUCACAUCCUUUCAUUGUACAUCCAUGUGAGAACAAUAGAAAGUCUUUGUCAGGAUAUAGGGUCACAGAUUGUAAUGUUACUCCUAGCACUGUUAAAGUGAGGUACAUUUAAAACUGUAAGUCAUGUAAAAUGAAAGGGUAGGUGUUGCUUUAUUCACAUUACAGGGGAUAGGACAGCAGCAGUCAUGAUUUAGAAAUAUAUAAGAUAGUAGCCAUCAAUGGAAUAGUGCUCAUUCCAUGUAUGCGUGUGUGUUUGUGUCUGUCUAUGUGUGUCUGUGUGAUUGUGGGUACAUGUACUCUUGUCUGUUUUAUUGUUUGCUGUAUGCAAAACACAAUCCUGGGCAUGCAUGUGACCGUGUGCGCCUGCAUGUGUGUGUUUCCUUCCACAGAAGCUGAGGAGCUUUACCAAAGGCGUGUGCUGACGAUCACAGGCAUCUGUGUGGCGUUACUGGUGAUCGGCAUCGUUUGUGUGGUGGCUUACUGCAAAACCAAGUAUGUGUUUUUGAAGGAAGGAUUAAUGACUUACACCAUAUAUAUUCAAGUGCUGUCCGUUUACCCGUGUCACAGACCACUCUAAAAGUUCCCAGUCAAAGGGGUGCCCGUUUAUCUCAAGAGGGAGAGCAGGCACUCAUGAACAGAGGCAAUAGUUCUUGUUUCACUGGUCAUACCAACAGUUCCUGGUCCUGGCAGGAUUUUGUGCACAUCAUCCCUCACUCUGUCUCUCCACAUUUCCUGCUUUUCUCUCAAGCAAACCUGUAGCUAUCCAACUAAGACUGAAACCUCAAAAAUUAGGCUUUAAAAAGAAAGAAAUCUUCAAAAUAUUAACUAAGAAUAUUUGAUUCUGUACACAUUUUAAGCCUUCUUUGAUCUGAUGUAUGAAAUAGUUUCACGUAAUGUUCAGAAUCUUUAAGAAAAAAUAUAAAAUAAGGUUUUUGUUACUAAAUUUACAUUUAUGAGUAAAGGAUUUCUGCAUUUGAAUUAAACAGAUUUAUGAUACAGGGGAUGUUCUCACUAUUUCUUUGAAUUCUGUUAUAAACAAAAUGAAACGUUCUUCCAUAAUAAAAGAAAGUCUCUAAAAACACGGGCUAUUAUAAUCUCUCCAGAAUUUAUUCAUGUGUGGACCAUGCCAAAAAAAAAAGGGAUACAAUCUUUGAAUAGUUUUUACAGAAUGAGCAGUUUGUGUUAGUUUAGACAUUACUGUUUUCUAGUAAAAAUGAACUUUUCAUUCACAUGGUGCAGCCAAGCAAAGGAACAAGUUAAAAUACAACUUAACUUGUUUCAGACACCAUUUAUGUAUAGCUGGUACAACAGGCCCUGAUGUUUAAACAUUUGACGCAUGGGAACGUCAACUCCUAAAACAACGUCUUGAGAGUGGUAUCAGUAUUAUGAUAGCAUUUGUGCUUGCAGAGUAACAGAGUCUAAGUGUUGCCUUAGCUGUUGUAAUUGCUUAGAUAAUCAUGUUUUUUUUUCUGUGGAAAAGUAAAAAUGGUUUAAGCUUUAAAAAAAAAAAAUCUGUAAUUUUGAAUUUUUUUUCCUCUCUUCUGAGUUUGAAUAAAUGAUUACAACAGAAGAGCAAAGAAAGAUUAAAGUUAGAGAGAAGAAGCUGCGCUGGUUUGGCAUUAUUUUCCACCAUGAAUAAAGGGAUGAUGAAUGAUGUGUACAUACGUGGUAAUGAAAGCUAGGUAGAGAUAACAAAGAGACUUCUGAAGAGCAGUUUUAUUGAGUAGAAACAUUAUCAAGUGGCAGUGACCAUCGCUUUUACCACAUCUUUCAUCGUGGCUUUGUCAACUUGUCUUUAGGAAGCAGAGAAAGAAGAUGCACAGUCACCUACACCAGAAUCAGAAUCAGUGUGUGGAGCCGCCCCAACGCAUGCUGCCAAAUGGGCCCACCCACCCUGGACCUGGUCCGGAGGAUAUUCCCAUGAUUGAUGUGAGUCCAAAGUGAAGAAAAAAUAAACUAUCUGAGACAAUGAAAGAUGAUGCUAACGUUGGGAAGACAGUGAGAAUCAGUGUCAUCUCCUAAAAAGCCUGAACCUCUACCUCAGCAUUUAUAGAUUUUGUAUCGAGACUUUUUUUGUUUAUUUUUGUCUCAUUUUUCACAGACGCAAUUAAAGCAAUGAAGAACAACCGAGGCAAUUUUGUUAACAGUGUUUUAUAGCAGCAGCUCAUAGCUAACAGAGAGCAUAUUAUGAAAUUUUCAGACUUUUUACUGUCCUGUAAGUCAGUAGUGAAACGAGUCUAGUUAUGAUUCAGAGCUUUUCAUUUAUCCUAACAGAGCAGUUAAAAGUUUUUGGUGUAAAUGCCUCUGCUAGCUUAUGCACCUUCAGAUGGAAUUACUUAUUGGAUUUAUUUAACUUUGAUUAAGCUCUACUAAGAGGGUUUGGGAUCUUAGAGACCAGUUCUACCUGAUUUACCCUCUAAAAGAGAGUUGGUUAGGGUGAGGGUUGUUUUUGUACAGAGCAUCAAUAUUUACAGUGCAUUAUGUCUCAUGUUUUUUUGGGGCAUUGAUCAAGCAUAUCAACUCUUGUUUUGUGUGUUCUUGCUGUAAAUCUCAAAGAACGUCCCAAUAACACGGUGUGUGGUCAGCCAUGGAGCUGAGGGUGCAGACAACUACACAGGCAGCCGGAUGUCUACUCGCUCCCAUCACUCUACGACUGCCUCACAUGCUUCCAGGUAGACCUCACAGACAUUUGAGAAGUAGCAACAUGCAAAUACUGGAAGUAUAAUCUGUUCACUUACUCUAUCUCUUUAAUUCUUUUUAAUCAUUUAAGUUUUAUGAAACAAACUUUAAGUGAAGCUAACUGAUUUUGAUAGGGACUUUUUCAUUUGUGGAAAAUAGCUAAUCAAACCAGCAAGCAAAUGCAGCAAUAGCUCAUUUAGCUGCAGGUGAGUACUUGACUGAAUGAAUUCAUGGAUCGUCAUUGACGUGUGUAAACAUAUUUAGCAUCAAACAGUACAUUUUUCGCUAUAAAAUCACCUGUAGGGCUGGUGAGAUUGACAUGAUGAUGCUCCACAAGCCUCCUGCAGGGCAGACACGUGUUACUACACAUUACUCCUGUGCAGAUAGCAUGCACUGCAGUAAAUUCUUUUGUCUAAUAUACUUAUAGGCAAAUAUGUGACAGUGGUUUGUUGAUGCAACACUUUCUUUUAGAGUCUUUUUUUUUAACUUUGUCUUGGUUUUAGUGAGCAGUGUUGGGUAGAGUUGUAAAGCUAAUGUUUAUUGUCUAGAUCAGUGGUUCUCAAGUCCAGUCCUCGAGGCCCACACCUGAUUCAAAUGAUCAGCUCGUUAUUAAACCAUUACAGAGCUUAAUAACGAGCUGAUCAUUUGAAUCAGGUGUGUUGGAGCAGGGAAACAACCAAAACAUGCAGGAUGGUGGGCCUCGAGGACUGGACUUGAGAACCACUGGUUUAGAUUGAUACUAAAAUGCUGCGAAGGAAGGAAGGAAGGAAGGUUUCAGACAAAAAGUAAUUGUGCUCACUAUUACUUUAUAUUGAGUUAUGAUUUUAUAAGUUUAGUCCCUUGUUUCCUACAAAUUUCCUCCUCUGUAUCCUUCUGCCUCAUCACUGCUCCUGUCAUUUUUAUUGUUUGGCUCACAUGUACACCUACAGACAUGAGGAGCAGACGUGGAGCAUAGAGCGAACAGAGAGUUUGAACUCAGAGUGCCAGUCAGGUGGACUAUCCAGCUCAGUGGGAACCAGUAAAUGCAGCAGCCCAGCGUGCAUGGCAAGGAGGGCCGCCCACUGGGGCUGCACAGAUGUGUCCACUCCAGGAAUGCAGUACGGGGAUUCCUACGAUUCCCUAAGAGACUCACCUCACAGUGACAGGUGGGACAGUGGGAAUCUAUGAGGUUACUGUUUAGUGUGUGUGUGUGUGCGUGCGUGUGCCUGUGUGUGUGUUUUAAUCUGCUGUCACACCAGCACCUUGCUCUUCAGUGACCCCAAGUGGUGCAAGAACUCCAUUAAAAGAUACUGAAACUCUCAUUUGACUUUUUAAACCAGUGUCUUCCUGAAACCUCCAGAAGCUCUAUUGCAUGUGUCUUUGGUAAGGUCUUUGUCAAAGCAGUGCACUCAUUAAUGAUAUGGCACUGGUUUUCUAUAAAGGAAUAAUCCACCACUAUUUGCCAACACUAUUUUUUUUUAAGAUUUAAUAUUUAUGAUUUAUUUCAAUAGUUUUAAGACACUAUGAUAUAAGCACUUCAGCACUGAGCUUGGUGGUAAAACUUCCAAAUGUAACAAACUUUUGUGUGUAUCCAGCCAAAGUCAAACUUACUCCCUCAAGCACAUGAACUCAUAGUACAAAACCCAAUUCAAUUAAAAUUGGGAAAUUGUGAUAAACAUAAUAAAAACAGAAUACAAUGAUUUGCAAAUCCUUUUCAACCUAUAUUCAAUUGAAUACACUACAAAGACAAGAUAUUUAAUGUUAAUUCCCCAAAAAUUCUCAGUCAUUCACAAUCAAGGAUGGGGCGAGAUUCACCACUUUGUGAACAACUGCGUGAGCAAAUAGUUGCACAGUUUAAGAACAACAUUUCUCAAAGAUUUAAUAUUUAUGAUUUGCAAAUCAUUGUAGUCUGUUUUUAUUUACGUUUAUCACAAUUUCCCAACUUCAGUGGAAUUGGUUUUUGUACAAGGUGGAGCCACAAGAGUGAUGUGGAGUAGAGUCCAUCACUAACGGCCUUUUUCUUCCUUUUCUGUGUUGCUACUAAGCUUGUUAGUGUCCUUUCAGAAAGCACUGACCCCAGCUGCUCCCACUGCCAUAACCAGCAGGGUAUAAACAGGUGAACGGGUUUAGUUGGUACUGAUUGACACUAAGUGUUUCAUCCUCUGCUAUCGAUGUGUGAAUGUGUGAGGAAGUGAACGUAACAUGUAGUGUAAAAACGUGUACAGUUUGCCAUCCAGACACAAAGUUAUUUCAGUGUCCAAUAAAUGUUGUAAUUGCAGUGAUAGAAAAGAGCAGCUGAAUUUAGAAAAUGACUUAUCUGUGAAUCCUAUGAUCUGUUCGAUGUAAUGUUUCCCCAUUAAAACACAGUGUUAAUCUGUUUUGAUGUAGAUUUGAUCCACGGUGAACAGAACUGUUGGGAUUUGGGAUCUUAAGGCCAAAAAUACAGUACAGUUUCAGUUAACUAAAGCAGAAUCCAUCUACCCCGGGUAGCUGUGAUAGCACAUUUUAAGAAGUGUUUUUUACAUCUUCAUACAGACAAAGUGAGGACCAAGGUCAUCAUUAAGCUGAACAGUGUUACUAGCAAUCAAGCUGUGAUCCUUUUGUACAAAAUUACACUAGAACUCAUUGUUAGAGGGAUCCUGUUGUUGUCUUUGGUACUAAGCAGCUCAGAAGAAAGAAUGGCAGACACUGAUGUGUUUCUAACAGCUUUAUAUCACUUUCAGCUUUGAUCACAGCUUGUAAAAUUAGCAUCUUCAGUCAACAAGCCGUAAUUGUCUAUCAUUUACAUGUGCAUGUGGAGAGGAGUUCCAGGUGUGAUUCACACAUGAUUUUAACUUGCUGGCAUGUUUGCCUCCAGGUACGUGUCGGCGCUGACUACACCAGCUCGCCUGUCUCCUGUGGAGUUCCAUUACCCUCCCUUACCACCCCAGGUACCCACCUUCCAGAUCACCUCACCAAAUACAAGCCACGCUCUCUCCCUGCCUCCUGCCGCUGCAGCCUACAGCAGAGAUGAUGACCAACCACUGCUACGAUGCCCUGAUGUACGCAGGCAAACUUGACCGCACGCUAAUUCAAUUUGCCCGGCACUGGUGAAAUUUGCCGCGAUUCAAUAGAUAUAAACUUUGCAGUCAUAUUGUUCAUGUUUUAGAAAUAAGAGAGCAUUACUAAUCUUUCUCUCAGUGUUUAGUAUUCCUCUUUCCUCUUUGGUACUGAUUUGUACCAAGUGAAUACUUAAGAGGAUACUGUAUACUGGAAGUCAAACAAUGGAUUUUCUAUAGAUGUGGUUAAUCACUUGAUAGUCUAUACUUAACUUGCAAUUCGCUGCAAAUUAAUAGCACAUUUUUAAAAUCUAUUUUGCAUGUAACACAAAAGGAUGUUCGUGGAGUUUUUAAUACUCUGAUCAAAAUGGGAAUGAACAAAUAUGCAUACUUAGUGUAUUUUUAUCACAUUAUUAUUAUAAUCGUUAUUAUCAUUAUUAUUUCCAUCGGACCACCCAAAAAUGACACCGUCUGUCCAGAGAAUUUCUUCAGAAUAACCUUCAAAGAUACUUCAUGCUCCAAAAAUAUACAUAGAGCUAAAUAUGACCAAGUCAAGCCUAAGCAGCAAAUGUACAGUUGUAAAUGUGAACUGAAUAACCGUUUUUGAAUGCAGCUCAACAUAAAACAAUAGACCUCAGUUUUAUCCUCUCUAACCGUCUAACACAGGAAGACUGGCUUCUGAUUGGACGUUUUCAGGUCAGCUGAUCAUAGAUACAGCCUCUGACCAAAACAAAGAUGGCUGCCUCUGUUUUAGCAUCAUCAACUGAUGAACGAGAUGUGCACUAGUUUACUUAGUAACAUGUAACAUGCAAAUCAUCACAGAUAUCUGAACUUUUGAGGGAUUGACCUGGACAGUCCCUGAAAACACACUGAGCUUUUUAAUCCCUGGUUUCAAUGUCCUUGCACAAGUACUUUUUACUCCUGUUUGGGUAUUAUUGAUAUCCAAGCUUUUUUGUAACCUAAAAUAAAAGACCAAGUAGUGCAACCGGGUGACUAAUCAGAGUGUCUGUAGCAGUUUGUGUUCAAUGUAGGAUUCAAAGCAUCAGUAUAAAAGGUCGGGGAGACAGUUUUUAACCAAGAGAUGUACAGUAUAUCAAAGGGUGACCAUUGGUCCUCUUUUACCCGGACAUGUCCUCUUUUUGGGGGGCUGUCCGGGCUUGUAUGGCUUUCGGGAAGUCAGAAUAUGCCCCCCCUUAGUAUAUCACCAGACAUACUAUUUCAUUUUAUGGUUCAAACAUCUAAAUAAAUAAAUGCACAGUGUCCAGUUUUGAUCAAUACCUCUGAUCUGUUUUACAUUUCAGGACGGCAGUCUGUACAGGCAGCCCCGGCGUCCCCGGCGUCCAUACCUGACGGAGAGCACAGGAAGUCUACCAUCUAGCCCUUACCGUCUCCCUGACGAUGAAGCCUACGAGACCACGCAGGAGUAUGCCUCCUCAAGGGAGCCCAUCCGAAGCCGGCGUCGCCCAAGACGCAACCGUCUCAAUGGACACAUAUCCCAGCGUUCAGCAGGCCUACGGGACUACAGCUCACAGAGCUUCAGCCAGUCAGAAGAGGAGGAGGAAGAGGAGGAGGAAGAGGAUGCUCAUGGGGAGAGCACGCCUUUCCUAAGUAUGCAGAACAUGAACAUGGACCCGCCUUUAACUGUACCCGGUUACCGCGCGUCAUCUGGCGUGGACACACGGACUCACCGUGGCCUAAACCGGGUGGGGACGCGCAACAACGGGCAGAGUCGUGGCUCCCAGUCACAGCGCUCCAAGGCUGACAACAUGCCCCUUUAAGACCGAACCUUUCCUCCACAGCUCACCUAUCCUCUCCACCUCACACACUCCCCUGGCUCCUACACACAACCAGUGGACUUGGGACCUGCACCUAGGAGAAAUAUUUUUAUUUUGUAUAACAGACAGAUAUUCUAAACAAAUGAAAUAUUUAUUUUCAUUUCAGCAAAAAUUGUCUACUGGCUAACAGCAAAGACUUUUUAUAAUGGGGGGGAUAUUUAUAUGUAAAGUUUUUUGAUUUACAGCAUUACGAGAGAUGAAAAAUGAGAGAAUUAUGUGCCAAUUUUUUCACAAGUUAGAUUAAUAGAAUAAUAUUGUGGUGCCUUUUGCUGUAUGCUGAAGUCGGAGGUCCCAUUGAGUUUUUGUAGCCUUUCUUAUAAAGACUCCUCAUUUUUAUAGAGACAAACCCUCUUCCUUCCUAUUACUUUGUUUUUUUUUCUGUUAUUUGGGAUCUUUUUGAACUGUGAUCUGAUUACGUCAUCAUGCAAUAUUAAUUCCUUCUGUGUAAAAGGUGUCUGUUUACAUGAGUAUGAUCCAUGCAAUGCGCUCCUUUCACAGGAACAUCAGUCACUGACGCAACCGGAUGUGUAGGGUAGUUUUGAUCAUUUUGGAUGAGUCACAUUUGUUGUUUAUGUCCUCAUUUGCUGCCUCUCAGUCAUCUGUCGUUAUUCCUUUCUAAACAAGAGUGUCAGGAGUUGCCGAAGGAAAGUGAUUCCAGUUUUCUGUGUAGGUGUUCAGGGUGAUAACAUGACAUCGAUGGUGGUUGCAGUGUGUGCGUGCGUGUGUGUGCGUGCGUGUGUGUUUGCACACCUCAUACAGCCUCAUUUGGUUUUGGUGUGUGUUUACUUUGGAGGGUGUGGUCUCUUCUUUGACUGACAUACUCCUACCACCAAUCCUCACGCUGCCAAAAGCUCCAUUGCACUGUUAGAACCUCCCUCCGUGAGCAGUCAUUGGACAGGGAGCUGCCGAUCCAAACUGAACAUAAUACCGUUGUAAUCCAGCCUGACUCUGGCCUCCCGUGGGCUGCCCAGCCCACUCCUUUCCUAUGCCAGCAGCUUAGAGCCGCACUGUGUCUCAGGACUUUCCCAUCACAUCACAGCCAAAAGACUCAAAGCAGUGAGCGCACGUCAUCUCAGUCACAGUUGUGUCCGCAUCCAGGUCUACAUCCUAACUCUCUUUCCCGUCAGUCCUCUGGGUUUGUUUGUGUUUUCACUUGUGGGGAGUCAUGGGCAAAACUCUUAGAAUCAGAGAGGAGAUCCAGUUGUUGUUUUCUUCUUCACUUUAAAACGUUGUGUGUAUGGUAUGUGUGUUAUCAGUGUGUCGCUGUGUGUGAGUCAUAAUGGUGUUGAUGAAAUGACAUUUGCUAAAACUACACAACUAUUCACUAUAUUGCAGGGGUGUAGCUUGUAAUACUGGCCCCCCUGAGAAGAUAAUCUACCCCUCAGCUUCCCCAAUUCUCUCUUUUUCCUUUAAGUCAAUGAUACCAAUGGAAACUUUACAGGUCCUCACCACCUUUGGGUCCCUGGAACCUUAAACACCUCUGACUGAAAAGUUUCUUGUUGGUCACUUUGUCACGCUGCUUCAGAGUGAGUCUCUGAGUUUGUUCUGCUUUUCUUUUCUUCACAGCCAAAACUGUGGAGUAUGAUCACUCUGAUUGAUCCUUGAUUUACGUUCCUUUACAUUUAUUGAUUGAACAUUUCUCUGCCUGGUCAUAUUGACUGAAUGAUGUCUGUCUUUGUUCGCCCCCUCCUCUUCACAUCACCACUUAGAUCAAACAUAUUUCUUACCCCUUAAGAAGCAACUAGCAGAUGAUCAUAGGCCCCAUCUCCAGAUAAGUAUAGUGAACAGCACACUGUCAGUCAGCUGAUCCUAUUAGAAACUUUUCCACUUCAGAUAAGACGGGGAGUUUAGACACCCUUAAAAGCUCAAAGGAAAACUGAUACUAUAUCAGGUACAAUAUCUGUUUCUGUCAGAAUUUAUUUCCAAUGAGUAGAGCUUAUUGUUUUUUCACACAGAAGACGCAUGGAUCACAGACAUAGAAAGUAUCCUAACAAUGGCAACUGCAAGUAACCCCUCAGAUUCAGGGGAAUCAUGCAAAAAAAAAAAAUUAAAUGACAUUAUUUGGGUUUUUUCCCCAACAGUCGGGCUAGUUUUGUCUUAUAUCACUGUAAACAAUCUGGGAUUUACAAUGUGGAAAUACUGCAAGUGAGGGUAGUGUGCUUUUAGAGCUAGUUGAAUUAUUAACACCCUGCCUUCUUUGUCCUUGCCCUGCACUCCCCUGUUGCCCUUAACGACUAAAAACAUACAUGUCAAAUUAAACACACAUGGAGACAUGCACACACACACACACACGCACACACACACACACACACACACACACACACACACACACACAGCCCUAUCAUGUUUGUGUUAGUCUAAGUUUACCUCUGUCUUUUUUACCUAUCAACCCUCUUCAUCCCCCUUCCUCUUCCUCUUCCUCUUCCUCUCCUCUCACAUCAUCUCCUUUGCAUGUCCUAGUGGUACUGGUAGUUGGGUGCAUGGAAAAAGCAGCAAGAAAAAUUGUUUUUCCACUCGGUGAAAAAAUAAAAAUGUGUCUUCAUUUUAACAUCCAGCAAUAAAUCCCCUUCUCUUCAUGUCCAUCAUUCUUGGAAUAUGCUAGAGGAUUUUUUGCAAGUUUUAUCAAAUACAUACUACUUGUUAAAGAAGAAAAAUCCUAAACCACCUCUUCAUAUGAAAAAAUAAAACUUUAUUCCUACCAUUUCGGUACAAUACUGUCAUCUUUGUAACAACACUGUUGUUUGUUGUUUUUGAUGCACAUGCACCUAAUAAAGAACGAACUCUUUAUGGUUCAUUACAAAAACAAGUUAAACUAGAAAAGCACUCGGAGAGCGCAGACCUCCGCCAAGCAGCUCAUGUCCCCCCUUAUAUUGUGAUUCACACCAAAACUUUAACUGUUACGUGUCUUUUAUUAACGUUUAUUUGUGUUUAAACAGGUAUGUUCACUGUUCAUAAUGUUCCUAAAACAACAAAGCUCAUAUUAGAUACAUAUAUGCAUGAUUUAUUAUGCAAUAUUUGUAAGCGUACACUUCCUUGUAUCUUCAUUGGUUAUCUUUCAGCAUUGAAAAUUCCAACAACACCCUUAUUUUUGUGUGUUCUGGAUCACAGUAUCCGGAAUUUUGUCUGGAUCAGGAUCAACCUUUGACAUCUCAUAAAACUCAUUGAGAUCCUUUUGUGUAAUUUUAAGACUCAGGCCAUUUUUAUAGAGUUAAAUGCAAAAAUUCCAAAAUUUGCCCUAUCUCACAAUGAUAAAGAAUCCUUCAAAAAAUUCCUGGAUCCAGAAGGCGAUCCGGAUCACCACCAAAAUGUAAUGGGAUCCUGCUGGGGCUGAGACGCACCUCUGGUGAAAAUUUCAGGUCAAUCCGUCAGUUACUUUCUCCGUAAAGUUGUUCACAGACAAACAAACAAACAAACCAACGCUACCGAAAACAUAACCUCCUUGGCGGAGGUAAUCAAUAAUUGACAGGUCAGAGGUGAAGAGCGGAGAUGAACAGGUUGGUCCUCUAGAUGGCACCAUUUACAUGCGACAACUGUGUGACAACUGUUUCCUAAAAAAUCCUAUUCCCUUUAGGUUUUAUGAAUAAUAAUAUAAUAAGUAUAACAAGAAUAAUAAGUUUUUAUCAAUUAAGAAACAAUAAUGAAGACUAUAUUAUUAUUAUUAUUAUUAUUAUUUAUAUUAACUUAUUACUAUACUAUAGUACUAUUGUAUACUGUCCUGCUCUAUGUAAGGACUUUCACUUUCAUGUCAGGCUCUCCCCUCUUGUAGAGAGCAGCUGAAAAUAGUGACAUCAGGAGUCACAAUCUGUAAAAGUUAGUUAACUGUACAUUGGGACCUUUCUUUUUCAGUUUGUUGCAUUUUUCCAGCUCCCUGACUGAUUCUACAUUCCCUCAGUGAGGAAAAACAUGUCUUUCCUGUUUGCUGUCAUUGCUCAAUGGGUGUAGACCUUUUGGGCGCACCUGAGUCUUUUAAUACUCUGCUUAGUGAAACCGUGGAUCAUCGUUGACACAGAUCUCCCGGAAAUACAGCAGUCUUAUCAGACGGCAGGUAAGAAAAGAUAAGCUUGUUUGGUAAUGAAAACGAGUUGUACUAUCGGAAUAUUAUCAGGUCAGGUUUUUAUUUGUAUCAUAUGUAUGCUGUUGGCUGUGGUUUCUGCUUUAGCUGUCUAUGAAUACAUCUGUAUCUGACUUUAUUUUCAAGAUUGGCUCUCAGAAACCAUCUUUACAUCAUUUUAAGUAUAGCUGAGCCUGAUGGUUCUUUCAGCUUUUGACAAAACAAUCCCCCUUAUAGGUCUGCCUCACAGCUAAUUCAAAGAGUUCUAGUCUAAUCAACCAUUCUGUCUAAUAAGGUCAGACUGUUGGGGGAAUCUAAGCUCCUUGUGAGAUGUGAGUGAGACUUUGAUACGCAGAGUGUCUUGCAAGUGUCUUUUUCUUUUUCACCAAACAACAAGAACAACUUCCCAACAUAUAAGGUUUUUUUUUUUUUGUUACAACAGAAAAAGUGAAUGAGCUUCAGGAAUGAUGUAUGAUGUAUACAUGUAUUCAGGGACGCUAAAUUAAGAAAGCCUCAAAAUCCAUAAAAGGGUCUUAAAAUGCGUUCAGGGCAGAUAUUAGCAAAGUUUUUCAUGGUUUUGGGGGAGCAAAGGCCCUCUGAAAAAAAUUACAUCUGAAUACUUACCACAUAAAUUGGAUCAUGAAUUUCAUGUGGUACAAUG